GGGUUUAAUAUAUUCAAUUAGUAAUAUUGUAUCCUAUUGUAACACUGCAAUGUUUUGUAGACCCAGGAAUAUAUUAUGGGUUAAAUUACAGUUUGAUCUCAAAUGACAGAGAAUCGGAUUUCAUCUAAAAAAUAAUUAACCGAGCAGAAUUGCUCGCAAAUAUCCUCUCUGAUUUUUGAAAUGAGAAAAAGAAAAACGCCCUUUCCUUGUCCUGUCAAUCAUUUUACAGCAUAGAGAGAAUCCUUUAUAUAGAUUGGGUUUGUCAUGCCUGUUAGCAGGAAAAUCCUAGUCCACAUGCUUUUGGAAAAGAUCCCUUCUCUGAAUGGAUUUCCUGUUUCCUUUCUGUUUAUGAGAAAGCGACCAGCGGAUUGGAGGAGGAGCAAUGUCUCUGUGGCAGCCAGUACAGUGUCGUACAGGAACUCCAUUCUAUCGCCAUGAUUCUCUCAGCAGACAAAGAUUUGUGGAACACAUGACAGUAUGAGUCAGGACCGGAGAAUCGAAACUACCCCUCUUAGAAUCUAGCUGCGCAAACCCCGCUCAUUUUACAGACUAUUGUUGAAACAAAGAAGCAAACGCAUUGUCUUUGAUUGCUGGAAGAUAAUUCAGAGAGCUGCCGGCUUGUUUUCCUGUACUGCUGCCUGCACACUGUAAGUAAACGAAAACAAAACUGCUCUGGGUUAUUCAUAAAAAUGCAAACUGUGGAGCAGUGAGUCUAACCUUUUGGAUUACGUACAUCCUUUUUUUUUUUACUUCCUGUAAAAAAAAAAAAAAAAAAUUUUUUUUUAUCGGCAAAAACCCCAAACCAAACCUUAGUUAUGUAAGAGUCCCAUUCAUAUUAUUUUACUAAUGCUUUUAUCACAUAAUGUAGAUAUUAACAGCCUUUUUUUUUUUUUUUAAACAAAGGUGUAUAUACAGUGUAUUUGUAAUUUUGUAUCUGUUUUUAAAGCGCAACUGCCACUUUUCUGAAAUUUACACAAUUGAAUGAAAGACUAAAGAACAAAUGUAACACGUGUUUCACGAGAUGCUCUGUUUUCCUGUACAUUUAUAUAAAGGAUUAAGCAAUUUACAUCAUAAUCCAAUCAGAUAUGGAAAUGCAGAGGCCAACCUUGCAAAUGAAGAAAAUAAAUAGAAACAUUAAGGGUUUAUAAAAAAAAACAGAAAAGGUGCAGUUGUAUGCACACCACAAUUUUGUUGUGUUUCCUUCAAUUUACCAUACAAUAUUACUGUUUGCUCCCCUCCCAACAGUUUGUUCUAAAAUUAUUUUAUUUUAUUUUAAAGGGACUCUAUAGGCCAGGCAUAGGCAACCUUUGGCACUCCAGAUGUUUUGAACUACACCUCCCAUGAUGCUUUGCCAGCAUUAUGGAUGUAAGAGCAUUAUGGGGGAUUUAGUGCACAACAUCUGGAGUGCUGAAGGUUGCCUAUCCCUGCUAUAGGCCCUUUAAACGUUAUCUCCUUGAAGUGGUCUAGGUGCAGUGUUCCUGUCCCCUUAAUUUUCUAAUGUAAAACAUUAUUUAAAACAGUUUCAGAGAAUGUUUUACAUUGCAGGGUUAUGUCCAUCUAUACUGGCUCCACUAGAGACACCUCCUUGUGCCUAAUGGAAUUUUACUCCAUUAACAAACGUUAGCCUAACUCCUGCUUUGCGUGAGGAUGUUUAACAUCUUCAAAUUUCCCACAGGGGAGUACUGAUUCAAUGCCUUCCAUUAGGUAAUAUUUAAGGCGCUCACGGCACUCGCCGAGUGCGUACAUCAGGUUCCAUCAUUGCCAUGGCAUCGCAGAAUGAGGAGACCUAGCCAGCACUAAGGGAGCCUCAAUGCUGGAAACAGGAAAGAGUAAAAAGUUUUUUUUAACAGUUUCAUGCUGGGGGGGAGGGGGGGAAUGACCUUUUAAAUCAGGGACAGGGACAUUCUAGUGUUAGAAAUACUUUAUAUUCCUGCCACUAUAGGGCUUUAAAUAGUGGUGCUGUUAGUGCAUAAAAAGAGAAGUGCAAAAGUUUCUGCCUCAGUCAGAAUGGCAGAUUUUCUGAAACAGGUCUUCCGUUUUUUUUUGUUUUUUUUAUAGUGGCACUAUAACAACUACAGCUUAAUGUAGUUGUUCUGGUGUGUAUAGUAUGUACCUGCAGGCUUUUUUCAUUUUUAGAGAAAAGGCAGAGUUUACAUUACUGCCUAGGAACACCUCUAGUGGCAGUUACUCAGAUGGGCACUAGAGGUGCCUCCUCGGUCAGUGAGGCACAGUGUGCAGCACUGACGUUUAGUGUCUCUAUGCUCAUCUUGGAGGUGCUGAAUGUUCCCCAAAGAGUUGUAUUGAUUCAAUACAUCUCCAUAAGAAAUGCUGAUUGGGGGGGCGGGGCCUGACCGCUGAACUGUGAGGAAGCAUGUCUCAGCAGCUCCUGCAACUCAGGGCAACCAAAGCGGGUUUAAGACCCCAAAAAGGCACUAAAUUGAUUCCUUACGGCCACCAAGCGACAGGCGACUAUGGGGCGCACAAACAGACACCACACAAGCGACGAUGCCCCUCAGGCGCACCCAGACUCAAGACGGGGCCUACCAGCAGGGAGGGCGCGGGGAAGACGGCCGCUUUCCCGCUGCCUGUACCAGCCAGGUACUGGCCUCCGAGCCCUCGUUCCCCCCCCCAGGACCGGCGGGGGUCAUCCCGGUCCACCCCCUCACGAUCCCCUUGAAAGGAGAUGAGCGGACGAAACAACCGCGCGGUGUGGAAACUGCAGACAAGGCCGACAAAAUGGCGGACGGCAACCACGCCUCGGCCCUCCACAAGGCCGGACGAGACACGGAGCUCCGGCUCACCCGCAUAUUCGACUCCUUCUGGGAGCAGCUGGAGAAACUCGCGUGGCCCUCGGAGCAGGAGGCCCAGCCGGAUGGCAAGACACAAGAACCAGCACGAGGGACCCGGAUGGGAGUACCGGCAUACACCGCCGGCUCCGUACCCGGUCCCCACAAGCUCCCGAGAAAGACCGCCCUGCUAGCGGAGACCAGAAGCCUCACUAAGGGCAACCACAGCCGGACCCAGGUAAAACAUACUGGGGGCGCUGCAGGACGAAGGCGGCGCAGAAGUCAAACUCACCGUCCGGCCGUGAAACAGCCUAGGAGAGGUACGAACCAUCCCACUCACAUCAACAAACGGCAGACCACAAAGUACACCAUGGGGGCCGCAAUAGCACAACGCCACAAGCACAGACUCAGCCUACAGACACACAGUCGGGCAGGGCCCUCUAUCAGAGCCACAUCAUACCUACCACACCAGAUGCCGGCCUACACUCAGACACUCCACCCUCGCAUCACCGGACUGGGAGAACCGCAGCUCACAUCACAGCAGCAGCAGAUGGCACAAGGGGAGCCUCUACAAGGCAUCGGAUGAACCACACAGCACUGGGACUCAUUGCCUAGCAAAGGACUCAUCACCUCUUUUAAUUUUACUUAUUUUUUCUAUUAUUUUUCUUUUUCUUUAUUUUUUCACCAAUUUUUCAUAACUCAGAUGAACUCCCACAACUGUCUGUAUGUAACCGAGCCCUGCACAUCCCUUCCAACAACUCACAUAGGGGACCAUAGAGAGGGAAUUCCUCGAGACCAAGCGACUACAUAUUAAGCAUGAAGGCGCAUAGACUAACUCAAACCCACGCAGGUUUCCUUGAUUGCUCACCACACAACUGUUUGCAUUAGCAUGUGGAAUGUGUAACGAUGACACCUUAUGCUAUAGGCAAGCUCUAGCAUUGUUAAUUGUUAAGCGUUUUCUUUCGUUCUUUAAAAUUUUUAUUUCAUGCAACACAGCAUAUAUAAGAGUAGCGCAACCUGUAUAUACAACACAUAUGGUCCAGAUAUCAUUAUAUUGCAAACCAUAUCACGACACUACAACUACACUAGCAAAGAUGAACGAGCUAUGUUAAACGUGGACCACCCUAUCUUAUGCUAACGUUCUCGCUGUUUGGCUUAAAAUUGUUUUACUUAUAUAAAAAUGUGCAAUCUCUCAUGCCACUGUCAAACCUAAACGCAUCUUCAAACACGCUGUUGUGGCGUAUGUUGAUAACCUGUAACUCUCUGCACAACAAAAAUAAAGAAUUCAAAAAAAAAAGAAAUGCUGAUUGGUGCAACUCAGCCUUUUGACAUGUAUGCAAUAUAGCCUCCCAAUGCUUUCCUAUGGGAAAGCAUUUGAUUAGCUGAGAUUGUCAAAUAUGAUGAUCUCAGCCACAGAGGCGAGACAGAGCCAGCCACAGCGAAAAUGGCGCGGCGCUGAAAGAAAUGUUGGUAGAAGCACCUUUUUAAAUGUCAUCUAAACAGUGUUUUUGCAACUAUACAUACACACUUGUAUUCCUGACACUGUAGUGUUCCUUUAAAGAAUAAAAAAAAUCCUUCAAGAUGAAAAUGCACCUUUUUUGUGUUAGUAGCUUUACUCAUUUGUCUUAUUUUGUGAAUAUAAUCAAUGGUAAAAUCAUCAUGAAAUAAGGAACCCUGGCAACACUAGGGCAUUAUAGCAUUAGGAAUAUAUAUUUGUAUGCCUAACGAUAAAGUGUUCCUUUAAUUUUAUUUUUAAAAUAAAAAAAUGCAUUUUUUUUCCAUUAUAGUUUUACUGUAACUGCUGGUGCUUGAGAAGCUAGUUUCUCAAUUUAUCUGUUUUAUAUAAAUUGUAUACUUAGAUAACCUGAAUUACCAUGAGUUUGUGCAGCACAUUGGGGGUGGUUUUAGCAUGUUUUAUUCAGAACUUUUAAAGAUUAUACUUUUUAAAGGCAAUAAUUGGGAAUUUGUGUGGGAAUCUCUCUUCUUUAGUGUUGGAACCUAGAAAAAUAUAUUUGUAAUUUAAAAAAAAGAUUUAAACAAUACUUUCCGAGAACCCAAACAAGCUUAAUGUUUUGUAAAAAUACAUUUUGUAUUUCAAUAAAUAUUUUUCAAACAUUGCACGGGUUUGGUUAUGGUUUGAAUAAGUUGGACCACUGAUUUCAGUGUUAAUAUAUUUAUGGUGAGAGCUUGUAUAAAAUCUUCAUAAUUUUUAGUGUGAAUAUAUUUAGAGUAAGAGUUCUUGUAUAAAAUCCACAUAUUUGGGGUGUAGGGCAUGGCAUCCAAGAUGGCUGGAAGUAUUUUCUAGUGGCUCUCUUUGGCUCGAACAUUAAACGCAUUACUCUUGCUGCUUUUUCUUACGCAAAUAGCUACAAGCAAAAAACUACAGAUCUGCAACUUGUGGGCAACUCUUUUAGCCUGGUUUAAAGUGUGAAGCUGGAAGACUCAUCCUUGCUCAGCCUGUUGAGAUUGGCACGCACACUGUUGGGAGAGUAUGACGAUCUUUUUAAGCUACUUGCCCACUUAACAGCUGACAAUCUGCAGCCCCGUUAUGUCCCCCCCUUGGAUCGGUGGGGGAUAUCUUGGCCCCCAAUAGGUAGCUCAGCCUUCCUGAGUCCUGGUGUGGAGCUAGACCUUGAACACUGGCCUACUUGCGUUGUGGGAUGACUACCCUUGACGACUUCUUGUGGUACCAAGGCUAUCCAUCUCAUAUACCGAGGAAGAGUUAUAUUCUAUUAUUUUAUGAUGCACAGCUUGAUUUAUACCCAUCUCUUCUUAUAUACCUACUGACAUACAAUCUUUCUUUUUCUCUCACUAAUAGCCCUAUGCAGAAGCAGUGCUCUAUUAUCAUUGUGCAUUAUGACCAACAUCUAUGUUUCAAGUUUCAGUUUAUUAUUAAUCAAACACAAAUUGGUAAAGGUUGGUAAAAAAAAAAAAAAGAGGGUGCUGUCCUAAAGAGGUAUCGCUACCAUGAUGUCCCCUGAGAAAGGCAUACUGUUAGGUGCCGAAACGUUGAGGAUGUAGAUUUACACAUUUCCAGCUCUCAAUAGAGGCCUCUGUGUAAGUGUCAUAUUGUGAUUCUAUUGUUUGGUUCAUAGUGGUAAUAGCCUCUGGCACUUUUUGUGUCAUUUGUGUUUAUUGGGUUUUUGAACUUGCAUUCUGUGUUCAAAAUAUUCAGUAAAGUAUUUACUAUCAGUUUAUCAUUAAAGGGACAAUAUAGGCACCCAUACCACUUCAGCUCAUUGGGUGAGUGUAGUGCUCCUGUCAACUUAACCCUGUAAUAGUAGUUAUUGCACUUAUUGAUAAACUGCAAAGUAUACCUUUCAGGGUUAACUCUACCUCUAGUUCUUGUCUACCAGACAACCACUAGAGGCACUUCCUGGUGGUUAAGCGACUUUUGGUUGACUAACUGAUGCUGGACGUCCUCACACUCUGCAUAAGAACAUCCAGUGUCAGCUGAAAUUCCAUAGGAAAGCAUUAAUUCAAUGUUUUUCUAUGGGUAGUCCUGAUGUGAUCACGGUGCUUGCCGUGCAUGCACAUUACUUCCCCCCGGAUGGCGUUGGUGGAGGAGGAGCAAAGAUAGAGCCUAACCCAGCACCGAGGGACAUUGGUGCUGGAAUCAAGUAAGUGACAAAAGGGUUUUUAACCCUUUCAACAUGGGGUGAGAGGGCAAGAGAGAGGCAGCACUAUAGUAUUCCUAGAACUAUAGUUUCCCUUUAAGACAUGCGUGCUUACCUGAUUAUUAUAUAUUUUUUAAAUUGUGCAUAUUCAACAAAUUCCAAUAAUCCUGUUUGAACAUGUCGGAAACUAUGAAUGCUUGUCUAGGCUAUCGUGGCAAUGUAAACUUAUUUGUAUUCACUUGCACAGGAAAAAUACAAAAUGUAAAAAUUUUAAAAUAAAUAAAUAUCUGCAUAGUUUAAGUCUGGCCCAAUUUUUUUUUUAUGGUAAGAAGUUGUGAUAACUUUACGACCUAACACUUUUUACCAUCUCUGAAUAAGUAACUGGUAUGUUUAAAGGGUUAACUCCAUUGGGCCUCUAACUUUAUAGCGAAUAUAAAUAAUGUAUAUUGAGCAUAGGUACCUUUAUAAAAAAACACAUAGUCUCAUCCUGGCUAAAUGUUAAAUACUGGUGACAACUAUGCCACCUCACAUGGUUUACCAUUUCUGAAGAAGAUUUCUUAAAAGAGUUAAAAUCCACUGGUUCACUGAUUUCAGUCAUGAGGUGUGACCAACAUAUAAAAUCUACAAAAUUCCUACAUACCUGUAUGUUGUUUUGCAGGACAUGAACAGUGUUGCCCUUCGUGACUUUUAAAACCACUGUUAGUGUGGCAGCACUUUUCACAUCUACACAACAAUUUGUAUAAAGAUUGUAUUACUUAUAAUUACUUGUUUUUAGUAAAAAUAGUUUAGUUUAUUCUGCUAGGCAGGACAUUAAAAGUGCUGCCCCCUGUGACUUUGAAAACCACUUUAUUGGUGUGACAGAACUUUCAAACCUUAAUGUUUUCUUUUUUUUGGGGUGUGGGGGGGAGGAAUAGAUUUUAUUUUAUGCUGUUGGCAGGACAUGAUAGGUGCUUCUCUUCAUGUGACAUAACUGUACCGUUGAGGCAGCGCUUUUCACAGCAAACUAAUUUGGUAUCCUUGAAUAGGCAAUCCCACUUAAGGAUACUAAAUUAGGGGGUCAUCUACUAAACAGUGCCCUAAUUUUGUAUGCAAAGUAGGAAAAUCCCACAUCAGGUUUCCAAAUUAGGGAAACCAUUUACUAAACAGCUCGCUAAUUUGGUAUUCUAAAAAGAGGAAUCCUUACUAGCUUGGAUUUUUUUUAACAAAAAAGCUGGGCCUGGAUUUAAAUCAUUUGGACUGGUGGUAGUUGUUGUUGCUGACAUGUGGACCAAAUUCGGGGUCUGAUUUGCAAAAUCCUCAUUGUUGAUUAGCAUGAACAAUGUUCAGAUUUUGCAGUCUGAAUAGCCCUGCAUGCAGCCCAAUGAAUGCGUCCUAUUUGAGUCCAUUCGGACUUCGCUGAAUAAGCCCUUCAGUGCUUGGUGAAUAUGCAAAUACAGUAUUUUAUAUAGGAUUUCCAGGCAGUCACUGCAAAUAUUAAACCAGACACAUAAUGGAGCAAAGACACUUAGGAUGCUCAAUUGUUCAAAAUGAUCAAAUUGUGAUUUGAUUUACUGUUAGUAAAUAUGAGAAUUGCAAAUCCGUUUGAAUAGUAGGGCCGUUAUACUUGGUUAUACAAUAGUGAUCCUUUUUGUUUAGCUCCAACAAUAAAAAGAUGGUCAGACUAUCUGGCUAAGCAUCAACUAAACCAGUUGAUCAUGUCUACAUGCUUUAUAUGUUGAUUUGCAGUGACAUGAUUAACAUUUUUGUUUGUGUGAAGUCAUUGACCACUGAUUGUGUAUUUCUUUGUAGCCUAAUCUUGAUAAAAUUCUUGUUGUAAUGAACUGAUUGCAGUUUAUUUAUACAAUUAUAGUCAUAAAUAUGUCUGUCCGCUAAUUGCACUUAUAUAAUUUCACAAAUGAAUAUUGUGUAUUUAUUCAUGUAUUUUAGGCAAAUCAUGGCUUCGGAAAAAUCUGGCCCUGAAGAAGAUAUUCUGAACAGUGAUACGUGUUCAACAGACAGUGACUUCUUGGAAACGGAUUCUUCUGGUGAAAGUGACAGUGACAGUGAAAGCAUUGCAACCACUAUACACCAAAUUUCAGGUGAUUCAAUAAUUAUUAAUUUAUCAUUAUUAAUUAGUUCACUUAGUCCACUUUGAAGCACUUUGCAAUUUUGCAAAUAACUAGGAAAUCAAUUCUACUUCACCGCAGAAUGGCAAUCAGAUAUGUGCUUGGAUCAAGAAGCUAUAACCCCACAAAUUAAAAAUUAUAUCCAUGAGUAUUAUGUUUUUGCAAGUACUUAUCCAAUUGCUGUUAAAACAUCUGUGUAGACUGACAAAACUACCUCUUCAGGCAGAGAAUUCCACAUCCUUAUUGUUCUUACUGUAAGAAGCCAUUUCCUUUGUCUAAGACUAAAUCGCCUUUCUUCGUCUAAAUGUGUGGACAUGUAUAGUCCUGUUUAUGAAUAGAUUUUCAGACAAUGGUAUGUAUUGGCCCAAAUAUAUUUGUGUAAUGCUAUCAUAUCCCAUCUGAGGUGCUGUUUUUCAAAACUAAGCAAAUUUACAUUUGUUAACUUUUCUUUAUAACUAAAAUGUCCCAUUCCUUUUAUUAAUUUUGUAGCCCACCUCUACACUUUUUUUUUAGUGCGGUAAUAUCCUUCUUUACAACAGGGGCCCAAAAUUGCACAGCAUUUUCAAGGUGUCUAACCAUUGAUAUAUAAAGAAGCAAAAUUAUAUUAAUGCCCCUUUUUAUACAUGACAAUACCUUACUAACCUUAGCAACUGCUAAUUAACAUUACACCUUUUUGCCUACAACAAUUCAUUACUAUUUAGGGUGUAAGUUGCUUGUGCAUUCUUUACUCUGAAGUCCAUAACUUUGCAUUUUCCUAUAUUAAAUUUCAUCUGCUAUUUCAGUACUCAGUUCCCCUGUCUAUCUACAUCCUGCUCACAUUGUAUUACUUUACAAAGUUAAUGCUCAUGAUUUCCUAGCUUGCAUCCAUUUGAAAUUAUUCACUGACUUUUUUUUCCCUUUGGGUCAUUUAUUUAUAUUUUAGUAUUUUUUAAUUUGAAAUGUUACUGCUAGCUGAAUGAAAUGGAUGGGAGAGAUGCCACUCUAGCUGCACUGUUAUUUUGCUUGUACUAUGGUUGUUAUGUAUUAGAAUUACCUCAUUCCUUUUUACAUUGUAAAAACAUAGAUGAGCACAUGCACCAUUAUGUAUAAAACUAUUACUGUACCUUCAUGGAAACACCAAAAAUAUAUUUAAACAUACCUCUGAAUUCAAAAACCAUCAUUACACAUAAAUGCAAGGUUGCAGUCAAACUCCAACAAUACAUUCACACAAACAUACUUCAUACAAAAACAUGCUUACAUUCAAACACACAAACUCUGCUCAAUGCUAAAUACAACCUUGCAAGCAUGGGAAAUGGCAGAGUGGGCCCUGGUGCACCCCCUAUUGCAAAGGUGGUCAAAAAGUAGAGCCCCAGCUGUCAAAGCAUUGCUGGAGUUGUACAACAAAUGGGAAUCUACCUUUUGACCACCUUUGCAAUAGGGGGUGCCCAAAAACGCUUGCACCAGGGCCCACUCUACUUAGUUUGUGCCACUGGCAUGGUUAGAAGGAGAGGUCUUGCAGAGGCUUCAGACAAUACAUCUUCUGUUUUUGUAAGAAGGGGAAGGCUUGCAAAGAGAUCUGCAGUUUUGCAAGCGGUUUUAUAUAUACCGCCAAUGAAAAAAUGCAUAAUUAACCCCUUAAGGACCAAACCUCUGGAAUAAAAGGGAAUCAUGACAUGUCACACAUGUCAUGUGUCCUUAAGGGGUUAAAUGCAUGCCAGUUCAUUUGUGGUAUGUCUACUAAAACUUUUUUUUUUAAUUUAUUUUGUAUUUGGGCAGAUGAAUCCUCUUUUGAUUAAACUUUACUCACAAACAGGAGGCCUAUGCAGCCUCUAACACGCAAUGAACAGAGCAGGAGAUAAGAAAUUUUAAAGACCAUGUGUUAUAAGGGACGUUAUAGAAAUAGAAUCCUUUUCAGGAUGUGUUUAAGAAGGCUGUGUAAUUCUCAACCAAGGCAUCUGUGCCUAGGGCUAUGUAACCAAAUUAAUUUAUCUCCUAAAUAGCAAAGAAUUAAGCAGUGACACUGCCGGGUCAUGACCCAUGCACCAAAACUGCUUUAUUAAGCUAAAGUUGUUUGUGUGCUUAGAGUACCCAUUCAUUUUUUUUUUUUUUUUAUUAUUUUCAAACUAUGUUCAUCUAUAAACUGUGAUUAUGGAGGUUUUUAUAUGAAUACAAAAAAGAAAAGAAAAAAACUACCAUAGAGUGUCUCAACAUUUUGGUAAAUAUAGUCACAAUGAAAUGGGCAUAAAAAAUAACUUUUAAUGGAUAUAUUAAAAUGUAAAAUAGAAAAGAUAAAAGCAAAACAAAAAGCACAAGGCUAAAAAAUAAUAUGUCCUAUAAACUAGUAGGGGAAUUAAACCUCCAAUAAAACCAAUAGCAAGAGAAGUGUUGCUUCAAAUAAAUACUUAUUGGUGUAAAGUAAAACUACUUGCUAUGAACAAUGUAACUGUAUUCUAAAUAGAGAAGUUGGAUACUAGUAUCUUCAAAACUCUUCCUGCAGAACAGGGUAGGUUGAAUAUAGAUGAAAUGCCUCUAGUGCACACGGGGUUAAACAGCACAACAGUUGGUUGCAAUGGUUAAUAGAAAAGAGGCAGGGAAUACCUGUAAAAUAAAGAGGUAUAGGAGACAGUUGCAAGCUAGGUUAGAUAUAAUGGUCAGUAGAAAUAUAGAGACUAUAGGUAAUCCUGACGCUUGCUAGCAAGAGAGAUGUAAAUACAAAGAGAUACUUUAAUAGUAAAAAGUUAAGCCACUUUCUAUAAAUAAUGUCAUUGAAUUCAAGAUGGGAGGGUGGGGUAUUAGUAUCCUCUGAACUCCUCCUGCAAAACAGGGUCUACUGUAUAUAGAUAAAGUACCUCUAAUACACAAGAGGUUAAACAGCACACCAAUAUGGUUGCAAUAGUUAAUAAAGAAGAGGCAGAGAAUACCUGUAAAUAGGGAGGUAUAGGAGGCAGUAGCAAGCUAGGAUUAGAUGCAAUGAUAAAUAGAGAUGUAGAAAAUAUAGAUAAUCCUGAUGCUUGUAAGAUAGAAAAUCUAAGUGCCUUUGAGGGCACCCCUUAAUAAAUGCUUAUACUAUAUAGCACAACCUCCCAAAAAGGUGUAAAUACAGAGAGAUACUUAAAUAGUAAAAAGUGAAGCCACUUGCUAUAAACAAUGUUCAAGAUAGGAGGGUGAAGUAUUGGUGUCCUCUGAACUCCUCCUGCAGGACAGGGUCUGCUGUAUAUAGAUAAAGUAUCUCUAAUACACAGGAGGUUAAACAGCACACCAAUGUGGUUGCAAUAGUUAAUAGAAAAGAGGCAGAGAAUACCUGUAAAUAGGGAGGUAUAGGAGGCAAUAACAAGCUAUGAUUAGAUGCAAUGAUAAAUAGAGAUGUAGGAAGUAUAGGUAAUCCUGACACUUGUAAGAUAGAAAAACUAAGUGCUUGUUAUUCCCUCCUAUACCUCCCUAUUUACAGGUAUUCCCUGCCUCUUUUCUAUUAACCAUUGCAAUCAACUGUUGUGCUGUUUAACCCCUUGUGCACUAGAGGCAUUUCAUCUAUAUUCAACCUACCCUGUUCUGCAGGAAGAGUUCUGAAGAUACUAGUAUCCAACUUCUCUAUUUAGAAUACAGUUACAUUGUUCAUAGCAAGUAGUUUUACUUUACACCAAUAAGUAUUUCUUUGAAGCAACACUUCUCUUGCUAUUGGUUCUAUUGGAGGUUUAAUACCCCUACUAGUUUAUAGGACAUAUUAUUUUUUAGCCUUGUGCUUUUUGUUUUGCUUUUAUCUUUUCUAUUUUACAUUUUAAUAUAUCCAUUAAAAGUUAUUUUUUAUGCCCAUUUCAUUGUGACUAUAUUUACCAAAAUGUUGAGACACUCUAUGGUAGUUUUUUUCUUUUCUUUUUUGUAUUCAUAUAAAUUAACCAUUUAGGGGUUACCCCCCAUUUAGUUUCUACCCAUAUUUGUGCCUCAUAUUCAUAUCUAGGCUCUGCUUUUUUCUUUUUUAGUUACUUGUGAUUAUGGAGGUGAUUACUUUUUUUUUUCUUUUUGAUGUAUGCAAAUACACUUCUUAUAUAUAUAUUUCCUGUAGAUGUAGAAGUGAAGAAAAAUAAAGGAUUCCUUGAUAAGAUGAAUGAGUUUGUCACAUCCCAACUUUCAAAAGCCUUGUGAGUAUUUACAAUAUUCGUGGAGAUGUAUGUACCUCUGAUGAUAUAUAUAAAUUGCACAAAAGAGCAUGCUUUAUAAUGUGAUACAAAUAGAACUAUUUGUGCAGAGUCUAAACUGAUAAAAAUCAAAAGAUUUCUAAAGAAUUAAAUGUUUUUUUGAUAAAAUAUACACCCCUGCCUCUACAGUUCCAACUUAUGAUCACAAUUAAUAAUGAUCACAAAAGAGCUCUCUUGCUUGUCCCUCUUACAUAUUAUGUGGAUGGGGAGGAGUAUAAUUGUGCAAAUGAGCACACUUCUGAGAAUCAUAUAUUUUAUUUAAUCCCUACCUAUAGUGAAACCCUCUACUUCACUAGGUCUGUCUUGUCAAAUAAGCCCUCUUGACUAAAAUUAAUCUUCUCACACCAUUUGAGACUCCUUGCAUCUCUUUCUCACAUAACAGGGUUUCCUCCUCCAUAUAUAUGGCCAGAUGGAAGAGGGAUUUUACUGUUUAACCUCUGCAGGAACACAGUGUGAAAGUAUUUUGAUACUGACCUACCACUUCUCAAUUUCCACUCACAUCCAAAGAUGGCAUGCUAACUUUUGACAUGCUGGUAUAAUAUGACAUCCUACUCACACAAUACAUUUCCAGAUGUGGUUUGCCACUUCUAGAGCUGCAAAUCUGCUGUGGUCAUGACCUAACAAAUCUGGUAUAGUUGACCAUUAAGUAAGCCAUACUAAAAAGAUAUUUACAUGGUAAUUGUAUCAUGGACACAAAUUACAUACAUACCCAAAACUUUCGUAAUAAACAAAAACCCUAAUACCCUAAUACAUGUACUUAACCUAACACAGGACAAGGAGAUGCUUAUUCUCCGGGCACAAAUGAAACAAUAUGCCCCACACGGGUGUCCAUCACUACCCAAGUAAAAUGUCCCUUCCUAGUUUCCCUUCAUUCCCAGAAUAGCUCAAAGGGUUACUCCAACCAAAAAACCUUGGUUUUGAAAUGUAGUAACCAGUUCUGUGGUCCACCAAUUCCCCCCGCCCACAAAUAAAUGAAACAAUGCUUAAACCUAUCUUUUCUUUCCUGCGAUGAGGCGCUCUCUGAUCCUGAACUACUUUUUGCUGAAGCGAGAGGGAGGUUAGGGAGGACCAACUGAAGAGAGGACAGAGGUGACACAAAAGGGGGCCAGGCUGCAAUUGGCUAUCUGUUGCAGCAAGCUGUGCAUGCUGGGAUUAGAUGCCAAUUUUACGCAGCCAGGGUUAACAUCUGUAUGUGCAGUGUUUCAUAGCAAAUUGCUGCACAUACAGACUGCAAGCAACACGACCUCUUCAAAUGACUGACAAAGUCAUGGCUCUUGGAGAAACCCUUUAAAUCAUCUGCCAGGCUUCUCUCUAUACUUCACACAACAAUGAAAACAGUAAGUGGGCCGGAGGGUCACAUAACCUUUGUCAUUACAUGACCGCAAAUCGUCAGAUCUCUUAUUGGUGGGAUGGCUGAAAUGGCAGGCUAAUGUAGUAGACAGUGCAUUAGCCUGCUGAUGGAAAAGGAAGGGGGCAGUUUAAAUACUAACUUAAGAGUGGACAGAAAAAGGCCUCCCUCUUGUAAAUGAAACAAAUUAAACUCAUGAAUGUCUCCUAGGAUGGGAUUGCUCAACCUGUUGGCAGAGCCUCAUUUGUUAGAAUAUUAUUUGGCCCAUCCCAGACUCAUAGAGCCGUGGAACCCCUGAUUAUAUCAUAGGCUAUCACCCUCUCAUGGUCUCAUGUUGUUGGAUAUCUAAGUGUCCUGUUUAUUUUAGAUAUCCUCUCUAACAAAAUUUAGGGAAUUUUAGGAAAAAAUAUUAUUUAAUAUAAAAUUGUGUAAUAUUUUAUUUGGAUCCUGUUCAACGGAGGUUAUGCUAUUUUGUUUACAUCAUGAUUCAUACAGCAGUGUCUCAAAUUACGAGAAGUAGUUGUGCACUUGCUUUUCGGUAAAUUAUUUUGUCCCUCUUCAUUAUUAUGAGCUAUUAUGAUCUAUAGAUGAUCUCCAUUAAACUUGAAUUUAACCCAUUCUAUUCCAGGCUUAAAUACAAUUAUAUGUGGAAAACUAUAUAUGUAAAUUACAGUGACAUGUUAUAGUUAAACUACUUUGAGAGACUUUUUACAAAUAUUUUUGGUUUUCUAUUUCAGAUAUGCCAGUCUUCUAAAUGAUUAUGUUGAAUCAGAGUUCUUUUUGAUUGAUGGAGAUUCUUUGCUGAUCACUUGUGUUAGAGAUGAAACUUUGAAAAAAGGGCAAGAUUUGCAUUUCUUUUUCCUGCUCGAGCGUUUUUUACUAAACAUGAAAAACAAGGGGGCCAUAUAUGUGGUUAUUUUCUUUGAGGUUGGUACAUUUAUUUAUUUAUUUUUAAUUAAAACAUUGUAAGCAUAAAAAUAUAGAAUGUGAUGGCGAUAAGAACCAUUUGGCCCUUCUAAACUUCCCAGUUUUCUAAAUACUUUCAUUAGUCUCUUAUAUCUAGGAUAGCCUUAUGCCUAUCCCAUGCAUUGUUAAACUAAGGCUAUUCCAUGCAUCCACUAACUUCUCAGUAAAGUAAUACUGAUAAUAUUUUUAAACCUUUGGCCCUCCAAUUUAAGACUAUGUCCUUUUGUUGUGGUAGCUUUUCUUCUUCUAAAUAUAGUCUCCACCUUUGCUGUGUUGAUUCCCUUUAUGUAUUUAAAUGUUUCUUUCAUAUCCCCCCUCUCGUCUUUCCUCCAAGCUAUACAUGUUAAGAUCCUUUAACCUUCCCUGGUAAGUUUUAUCCUGCAAUCCAUGAACCAGUUUAGUAGCCCUACUCUGAGCUGUCUCCAAAGUAUUAAUAUCCUUCUGGAGAUACGGUCUCCAGUAGUGCAUACAAUACACCAAACGAGGUCACAUUAAGGUAUGCUGCAUUUUUUCUUUAUCUAAAUCUCUUAAGUUUUGCUAAAAAAAAAUAAAAGACUUUGCAGCUUUCAAUAGCAUGAGUUAAAGGGAAAGUAGCAGCUUAGCUCACAUGUAUCUCUCAUUUGCUGGGCUGUGCAUACACUUACAAUAUAUCUAGUAAGGAAGUUGCUUUGUGAAAAUAGGAAACAUUGCUAAAGGUAUAGGGUCAUGUUGCAGAAACCUGUGAAACUUUUAGUUUAAAAAAAAAAACACUAGUGAGAUUUAACCCCUUAAGGACACAUGACAUGCGUGACAUGUCAUGAUUCCCUUUUAUUCCAGAAGUUUGGUCCUUAAGGGGUUAAAUGUGAAGAAAUGCACACCAUCAAUAUGAGGCCAACAUAGAAUUUCAGAUGAAGCAGCAAAACACAUUCCCUUUCUCAUUUUAAUUAUAUUUUACCAAUCUCUGUUGCUUACAAAAUUUAUUUUACUAUAGCUAAAGGAACACCCCAAAUACCUAAAGCACUUGAUCUUGCUGUAAUGCUUUAUAUGUAGAGUGCAUCCUCUUUUUCAGUUUACAAAAAUUGCAGAUUUCAAUAGAAAUUGGAACUUUUAUAAAUUAAAGGGACAAUAUAGUCACCGGAACAACUACAUUAUAUAAUAUGUAUUGUAUUUGUUCUUGUGAGUAUAAUCAUUCCCUUCAAGUUUUUGGGAAUUUACACUGUUUUUUUUUCAGAGAAAAGGCAGUGUUUACAUUACAGCCUAGGGUCCCUUCUGCUGGCCACUCCUCAGAUGGCUACUAGAGGUGCUUCCUGGGGUAGUGCGGCAUAUUCCCAUUCAGUGUCUCCACCCUGUGCAUGGAGACACUAAAGUUUCCUCAUAGAGAUGCAUUUAUUCAAUACAUCUCUAUGAGGAGAUGCUGAUUGGCCAGGCCUGUGUUUGGCUUGUGCUGGCUCUGCCCCUGAUUUGCCCCCCUGACAGUGUCAGCCGAUCCAAUGCUUUCCUAUGCAAAAAAGUAUUGUGAUUGGCUUUGAUCAACACUUCUGAUGAUGUCCAACAAGCAGGCAGAUCAGGGACAGAGCCAGCAGCAGACUGUAAUAAAGGUAAGAUUUUACUAUAUUUAUAGGGAAUGAGAGGUUAGUGGGGGCUAGAUGGUGUUUUUAACACUAUAGGAUCAGGACUACAUGCUUGUGUUACUGACCCUAUAGUGAUCCUUUAACCUGGUUACAUGCUCCAAGCAGUCAAACAGACAACCAAAACUGUUACUUCCUGGUUUGUUUAGCUCAAUGGAGCCAAACUCAAGAUGCAUACGUGAAAUAUGUUUAUCAGGAGAAAGGCAAUGACCUGCAUUGGGAAGUCUGUGAUUAGAUAGCCACGAAAAGUCUGGACAGGGUUAGAAGGGGAGGACUUACAAAUACUGUAGAUAUGAAAUAUGAGAUCUGCAGGUUUUGCAAGCUGUUUUUAUAUAUACCCCAAUGAAAAUUGCAUUAUUAAAUGCAUGUAUGUAUUUAUUGGAGUAUAUCUGCUAAACAGUGUUUUAUUCUUUUUGUGGAGUGUCCUUUUAAACAGAUUGUAUUAGUGAACAAAAGAAUGAAGGUUGAAAACAAUUAUUAAAGGGUGACUCUUUUAAAGUGGCACCAGCACCAUAUUACAAAACUUGAGUAUUUCAGACAGAUAGAAUCUUAAUGAAAUACAUUGACUGACUGUUCUGGAAUUUCAUGGAAAGUCCAAUGCAGUCAAAAUAUAUCAUAAGACAACAUAGGGACUUGUAUAUACAAUAUAAAAAUGCUACACAACUCGUGAGCUAUUUUACAUACAUUUGAACAAACUUCAUGCAUAUGUGAAAUAUGUUUAUCAGGAGAAAGGAACCCCUCAUAUAUUUAUUGCCAGUGCCUUGAAUGGUAAAGACAGUCCUGCUAUGAAAGCCAGUAAAAAAAUCAAUUUCUCAUAAUUUUUGAAUGAGGUGACCUUAAUCCCUUUGCAAAUUUAUACAUAAUAAAUAGGAAAACCGAUCCACAGAUAGCUGUGACGGACCAUGUCAUUAUGUUAUAGACUAGUUUAUGUUCCAACACACAAAGGAUGGACUUUACGCUGUUAGGGAGUUAUCUUGCCUGUACCACCCUUCAAUCUUUGAAGAUAGACAGCGCCGUAUUCAUGUUAAGAACAGAGGAGUCCCCGCUAAUAUCUUGGCUGAAGAGCUGACACACUAUACCCAAAGACUGCUGACGACUAUACUACCUCAUUCAGUUGCCAGAAAGCUGUCCAUCAACAUGGUAUAUCGCAUAACAGGCUCACCAAAGGCUCAACCUGACCAGAUACAUGACAUCAUACUCUGAUGCACCUCCUCUCAAGAUAAUGCCUACAUUAUGCUGGCCCUAAAAGGCAAAACUUCAUUGCCCUUUGAAGGUGCAUCCCUAACCUUCUUUCAGGACACUACUUUGGCGCAAUUCCCUCGCUCCGGUCACCUCUCAACUAAGAACAGCUGGAGUGGCCUACAGAUGGGGGUCCCCUUGGAACUUUGCUGGCGACAUAACAGGACUAUUCACACACUAGAAUCUGGUGCAGACAUACCCACCUUCAUAACAUCACUGGGCAUGGGAGAUCAGAACGUGAGAACAUCUACGGAAGUACCCACCAGCUCCUGGGACCCUUCCAACACAGCCCCAUUCACACCGAGAGCUGCCACCUCCAGGGUGCCAGAAACUUGAAAGGAGUGAGCAUACAAUCUACUGACAAACCAAAAUGACAGACAGUCACCCAUAGCCUACACAGUUGUGCAAAAGAGUUUUAUAGUUUAUUUCUCAUUUUCUGUUAUGCUUUUAUGUUCUUAUAAGGCCAAUAACCAAAGGCUGUAUACAUUGUAUUCCCACCCCCCCUGCCAUCCCCUUGGUUAGGGGUAACCCAAUCAGAUGUGUAUUUCACACUGCCCUCUUACUUACUCCCCUUAGCAUCAGAUGACGCACAAAGGUCCAUUUAAGCUGCACCAUCACCCCUCCGGCGGGGUUAGCUACUCAAGUAGUAACAAGAUAUAAAAUGCAAGACUACCACUAUAGUCCUAGGCUGGUCUAUAUUGCACACUAAUUACGCCUAAUAUGACCAUAGACAGAGCAUGCAUUUACCCUCACUCAUGUACAAGAAACUGUGGGUUUUUUAACCCAACGCUGAUAGCAGGUUUGCCUAAUUUGUAAUUUGAAUGUAACCAUGCAACAACCGAUUUACACAGCGACAUGACUUGAUUAAAAACAGAAUACCAGCUUAGUUCCAUCUGUCAUGUUAGAGUCAAAUGUUGUUUCAAAUUAAAAAUUAGGCAGAUGUAGCAGGAAUUUAUGUAUAAUCUUGAAGACGACCAAAACAUUGUAUGUUAUCUUUUAUUCAUUCAUUUCCAUUCCAUCCUUUACCGCGACUAGCACUGUCUCAAUCUAAGAAAGAAUAAUUUAAAGAAAGGCGCACCCCAAGCACCACAACCACUACAGAUUCCUGUAUUGAUAUUUUUGCCAUUAGUGGCCAGGUGCCCCCCUCUGUAUUUAGUCAAACUAUUUUAGAACAGUGACUUCUGUGAGGUGCUGCACUCUGCCUCAAUUACUAAGUACAAGAGGCAAAAGCUCUCUGUUUAAGCUGCAGUCUUUGAAUUAAAUGGGCUUGUUGCAGGGGUGGAUGUAAAAUGGCCCUAAAGAGUAGAGAAACACAGUUAUUUAAAGGAAUGUAUGGCUAGGAGUGGCAAGGGGGUGGGGAGGGGAUUGAUAGGGGGAAUGGUUGAGCAUUAGCCAUUGGGUUGAAAAUGUUGACCAUACCAAUUUUUCUAACUUUUGCUGAUGAUGUCAGACAUGAUAUUGGCAUAUCUUGACAAACUGAUGAAGGAAUGUUGUAUUUAUUUGCAAUCUUUUUCUAUCUGCAGGAUAUGGAACAUAUGUACAUGGGCCAAUCUGAUCUAAUUUGCUUGCGUACUCAGCUGAGACUGCACUUGAAAGAAAAUACAGAUACCAUUGUCCAUACCUUUCCAAGUAUUCUAUCAACUGAAUGGAAAAACUUUCUGCUUGAAGAAUGCCCCUAUUUUUUAAUGGUUUCUGAUGAAGGAAUAAAUGUUCAUCAAACAUUAUUUUUACAACUGGUAAUCAUUAAUGCUCUGGGAAACAAAACAAAUGUUGUGCUCACUGCUGGACAGGAAAAUGACCACCUGAGAGUGUAUGGCUACUACGUUGACUCUCAGAUACGUCACCAUGCAUUCAUGAAAAAGGUAAGUUUAUUUUGAAACCAAUAUGGCAUGUUCUGAAACUCAGUUUACAUAAAGUAAUAGAAUAUAUUAAGACAUUCAUAAUCAAGGGAUUACCUAUUAUACAAAAUAGUAACAUUAAACCUAUAGCAAUACUUGAAUAGUUAGAAUUUGGGUUCAGAUUAUGUACGUAAACUAAGAAAGAUGAAAACUUGUAUUAGUCUUCCUUCUAGCUAUGUAUCUGCUUGUCUAUCUAUCUAAGCGGCAAAUGUCAUCAACUUGACCCUAUUGCUUGCCCAACUGCUGGGCACACUCUUAUUUAUACAAAUGAAAAAAACACUUGAGGGAUAUGAAUAUCUUAAUAGAUCAUGCUUUUUCAAUGUACACUCAUAAGCAGUGACAGGAUUAUCAAGUCUUUAAAUGUGUAGUACCUUGUGAGAAGCUAGGGAUGUUGCAUUUCCAUAGUGCGGUUUAAGGAUUCCAUAAAUGGUCAAUCAUUCUAUUUUUGGAAAACAACAAGGUAAAUUAUAUGAGAUGUCAAUUACAGAAUUACUGUUGAGGAAUAAUGCAAUAAUCAUACACAAAAAUACAUAAGAAUUAAAAUAAGAAAAAAAUAAAAAAAUCACAGCAUAAUACUACAAGGACAUGUUUAUAAAGGAAAAAAAAUAUCAACGCACACUGUUGUCUAAUUUCUCUGUUUGCAAUGGGGGGAAUGUUAUUGUCUCAGCACAAUUUUUCUGGCACCCGUUAGAUCAUCUCAGAGAGACUUAAGCUUCCAGAAAAGCAACAGUAACUGUGCAGCCUAAAUAACUUUUGAAUAAUAACCUGUGCUUUGAUUUAAAAAGAGCUGUGUUUAAAACAGCGUCCAUUGCUAAGGCUACUUGCAGAAAUGCUGAGUGAAAUUUGAAACACAUUGCCUUUCUGUGCUCAUUUGCAUGUCAAAAUAGAUGUUGAAACAUAAUUUCUCGAGUUUCUGUGCCCAAAGAGGGCUUUGCAAAGUUCAACUGGAAAUACAGUCAUUUCUCUAUAUGGGCUGUGGGGAGAGUACCUGAAGGUGCUGCUCUUGUAGAGUUUUGCUGAAUGUCAGUAACACUACAGGUUGCUGGGGAGUUUUGUAGCUGGGGAGCACUGUUGUACUCAGGGUCACUGCUUAUUUCUGUGGAGCUCUGUGGUGCACAUAUGUAGUGCGGAUCAACUAUGUGCACUACAAAUGUGCAGCUCAGAGCUCCAACAAAAUUUUCUAAAAACAAAAAAAACAGUAUAACAUGAUUCUCCUCCUUCUUCCUACCUUUUUCCAUUUCCUCCCAUGAUAGUCCAAUCCAAUGCUCCUUAUAUAGGACACAAACAUUUAAUCUUUCCAAUAGGAAAGCAUUGCAUUCAGUGCUUUCUUGUGGUCCCCCACCUCACAUAACUGGGGUUUACAGCCACUAGAGAUGUCCUUUAAAAAAAAAAAGAAAAAAAAAACUGCAGUGUUUUACAUUGCAGGGUUAAAAGGACAGAUCAACUGCACCCAGACCACUUCAUUGAGAUGAAGUGGUCUAAGUAACUAUAGUGUCCUGUUAUGAUGGUUAGAGUUCACUAUUAAAUAAAUGGAUUACCAGCGUUAUAUGUUACUAAUUCUGUAUCUACUGCUGGGAAUGAUACCACAUAACCCAACUAGUUAGAGCAUUUCAUGGGGCAUGGGUUCUCAUUCUGUACAUUAUAAUAUAGAAGUGCUUUGUUAUACCAUCUACUAUAUCAUUUUUUUUUUUUAAAUAUCUACUUGAGUGGGGAUUAUACUGCAUAUAUGUAUACGAUUGUGCAAUAUAUCCAUAAGCACAGGUUCUAUCUUUGUUAUUGGUUUUCAAUAUAAAUAUCUCUAUAUUAGUUUUGUAUAUAGGUGCUUAACCUUGUUAUUUUCUUUCACAUCUGAGGCAUUUGUGACUAUGAAGCUGCUUCUUUUUUAAAUUGCUUGUAAUUUUUCCUUUGAUGGUGUUUCUACUGUAACGGUAUUACCCAAUACGCAGAGUGAAAACCACCAGUAUAAUUGGAGACAGACAGAAAAUCCCCAAGCCGGUCCUUAGAUUGGACAGAUAAAAUAGAAACUACAAGAAAUGUCAGAAACAAGCCAAGGUCAAGGGAAGCCAGAAAUACACAAUAGCGAGGAACAAAGCCGAGUCAGGGAAAUCAGAAUAGUCAAGAGCAAGAUCGGUUAAAACUAUCAAAAGGAUACAGGAACACGCUGAGGGGACACUAGGAACCACAACAGGGCACUGUUUUAGGGGCAGACUGGACUUGUAUGAUUAGUGGCAUGAUUAUCAUAACCAUGCCCCGAAAAGGUAGUGUGCGUUGAGCUCUUCUGACCUCAUGGCAUCGGUACGCAUGGGCCGCGUCCUUUAAAGGGGCGGCGCAUAGCGGCUGGCGUCCCUAAUGCUGCAUGGAGCAUCUCUCGGCGUGGGAGCGGCGGUCCGACUGAUCCCGAUGUCGGCAGAUCAGCAGACCGAUAAGGUAAGUGAAUGGAGGCUGACAUCUACCAAGUGCUACCUAUUGUAUUGAAGAACCCUGUUUGGCUGAAAAUACAUUUACAGCAUGGUAAUUUUGACUUUGUAUAUGUACAAUGAUUGCCCCUUUGAACUAAGGCCUCAAUUUAAUAUUUUUGGAUAAGCUUUUCAAAUUAUUUGAAAGCAUUUUAAAAAAUAUUUAUUAUAAAAAAUAUUUAAAUUUUGUAAUGUUUUCAUAUUUUUAUUAUAGUGAUACAUAUAUUUUUAGAUAUUAUAAUUUAAAAAAAAUAAUUUUUAUCCAAAAAUAUUAAAAUCAUUUAAAACACAUCGAACAGUAUUACACUGAGAUAUACAUGUCUUGGUAAAAUUCAAAAUAAAAACUCACUGAAGUUAAUACCUCCCCACCAAUUCAAGAGGAAUUCUUGUUGGAAGACUUGAAAUGAUUGCCAUAAAGAGAAAUUUAGAAAAAAAAUAAUACAGUAGUUGGAAUGUAAUUUUUCAUUCCAUAUUGAUAAAUUACAAAAUAAAAUUGUGUCUUUGAAAAUAAUCUUGUGUUUUCUGUGUUGAUUGUCUUAGAAUUCUAGGAAGAUUGCAUCAGUUAUCCCAGCAUUAAUUGGAAGUUCACAGAAAACAUCUUCUCUAAUGCUCUUUCAACAUUUCAAGCCUCAAUCUAUGGAUAAACAGGUACUGUAAAUCCUAAAAUGUUCUGAUAGCAUUAUAGGCUUAGUGGGCCCUAGGUAAAGUUAUUUGUGCCAAAUUGUUUUAAUUCUCACUCUGGCACCAUAGCCACUACAGUGUGCAUGGCGUUCUGUUAAAUAUUGUUAAUGAUUGUUGUCACAGCUAAGCAACUUGAAUAUACAAUUCACUUAAAAUUUCAAAUUGAAGCAAAGUUAAAUCCAAAGAGCAAAAUGUAAGCAAAAUGUAAGGUGGUAUGGCCUCCUCCUUGAUAGUCAAUAAAAUGCUUCUCAUAGAGGACACAUGCAUUCAAGGCUUCCAUCAGGGGAGUAAAGCCAGUACAGUUGUAUGGAGCCUGCACCCUAUACCCCCAAUAUAGUGAUGUCCGCCAGAUAUGCACUGUUCUCCACUAAUAUUGGUACCUGAGCAAAGAAGGCUGUGAAAAUUGUAUUUUUAAUGCUUAGCCUUUUAAACUUUUUUUUUUUUUUAAUGCACAAAAAUACUCAUGGAUAUCUAACAGUUGCAAACACACACACAAAGAAAUCUUUGUUAAGUAUAUGUGUUCCACCAUUAUUGGCACAUUAAUCCACACAACAUCCCUUGGUUGUAUCUAUCGUGAUGAAUGACCUCCUGCCUUGCUGCAGGAUGUGGAAGAUGAGACUCCUGGGCCCCCUAUUAAUUGUUCAAACAUGUUGUGCUACCGUAUCACCAGGGAAUCUAUAUAUUUAAUGCUUUCCUAUGGUCCUCCACAUCAGGUAAUUGUUUUUUACAGCCAUUAGAGGUGGAUUAAAACCUGCAAUUUAAACAUUUCAGUUUCUAAAAAAAAAAUUGCAAUAUUAUUAUUAUUAUUAUGAUGAUGAUGUUAUUAUUUAUAUAGUGCCAACAAAUUCCACAGCUCUUUACAGUGGGUGGACGAACAAACAUGUAGUUGUAACCAGACAAGUUGGACACACAGGAACAGAGGGGUUGAGGGCCCUGCUCAGUGAGCUUACAUGCUAGAGGGAAUGGGGUAAAGUGACACAAAAGGUAAGGAUAGUAUUGGACUAAUGAUAGUUGCAAGAGAGGAAUCAGUCGGGAGCUAAUUGAUACGCUUUUAUGAAGAAGUGGGGGUUUAAAUGAUUUUUUGAAGGAGUGGAGACUGGGUGAGGGAAGGGAAUUCCACAGGAACAGUGCAUCCCUCGAGAAGUCUUGCAGGCGAUCAUUAGAGAUGGGAGUAUGGACAGAAGAUAGAUGUAAGUCUUCAGCAGAGCGUAAGGGCCUAGACGGGACAUACUUGUGCAUUAGGGAAGAUAGGUAGGGUAUCUUACAUUGUAGUUCUAAAAAUACAGGACCACUGCACCCAGGCCACUUCAUUGGGAUGAAGUGGUCUAGGUGACUAGAGGGAUCCUUUAAUUGGCUACACUUUGAUGUUUAGUGAAUAAAUCUCUGUUAUUAGAGAAUACUUUGCUUGAAAGCUUAGUUCACCUAACUUUAUUUUGAUAUUUGACUCCCAACUAUACCUCUAAACCUCCAGGGAUGCUUCCUUACUUAGACCACAACUACUGGAUUUCUCAUAUAUUGUCAAUACCUUACAGUCAUAUCUGUUUUGCUUAUAUACAUUUCUUGUAAAAUACGAGCUCAUUUAUUAACUUUGUAUGUUUUGUUUAGGUACAAGAUAUUAUUACCAACCUAUUUACGAUUUUAAAAGAAGGAUCAAACAUAAGGACUAUAAUCACUGUUGUUUCCUGCUCCUUGGUCUUGAAAUUGUUUUCUGAGAAUGGAGAAAGUUUUCCUUUACAGGUUUGUCUAUAAUAUAUCUAAGCAUUUCAAACAUAUUCUUAUAAUGGCAAAUCUUUGUUUACACUUAAAGUAUCUACAUGUAAUUGUUCUGUUAAAAUUGACUUGUCAAAUAUUUUGCCUAAGGUUCAAAAUUUGAAAAUAAGUGAUCUUAUAUUUUCUUUUGGGCUUUUUGUCAACGAUUUGCUAUGUAAUUUUUCUGUAUCAUUUUGAAAAUCCUACCCUUUGGCUAAAAAAAAUGACUAUCACUUUUUAUUAACUACAGCAGGACAUGUCAGACAACUUAUAAUAUAUGAAAAAAACCUUAAUUUUUGUAGUAAAUUUAGGGCCUAAUGGACUAAUCGAAAUACACAUUUCGAAAUGUAGUGACGUUAGAUACAUGACAGAAUUGAAAAAUAAAACAAAAAUGUGGUCUAGAAUUUGCUAUUUGCUUGUAGGUUAUACACAAAAUAAUAAAAUAAAAUAAAAACCCAUAUAAUUAGACACCUAUACCUCCCAAGGUACUAGUUCCAGUUUUGAUGCAGCAUGUAGAUUCAGCCACAAUCACAGUAGUAUUGAAAAUACGGUAAAAUUUUGACAUAGGUCAUGGUCACACCAUCCUGACUCCAACUUAUCUAAAAUGAUGCAAGCUGCAAUAUUUGAGCAUUCUAUCUCUUUUUUUGAUAUUGCAUCUCUCCUGGCUUAAUACACGUGCACCAAUGAUAUAAGGACCUAUAUAUAAAUUCCUGUGAUCUUUGGACCAGUGCCCCUUUGAGGUGUCUUAAAGCCCUUGAGUGCAUCAUACUGCAGUUCCUGAUUUACCAUUCCUGACCACAUGUGCCAGUGUAUCAGAUCCGACUACAUUCUUGGCCCUGAGUUUAGCUUUUCCUCUAUUAUAGGCCAUCCUUACUAUUUCUAGCGAGUCUUCUCCUGGCCUUAAUUAUUUUAUAUUUAAUUCUGAUACUCCUAAUUUUUGUCCCAAGCGUUAAACCCAGCCACCCAAAGGUCUCGUGAUAGGCCUUUCUAUCUCACAUACUGCCUUUGGUAUUUCACUGACUUAUAUCUUGCUGAGGAUCCUCCUUGUAUUCUGUCAAUUUCUUAUGUUCAAUAAUGGAGCACAAACUGCCGCCUUACAAAACCUAUUCAAUUUCAUAUUAUGACUGGGACAGCAACCACACAGAAUUAUGUUAAUAAAUACUGACUGCUUGUUAUUCAUUUCUUGAAGGAUGGCAGAAUCUCCCUGACAAUGAAUGACGUUGCUGAUCUAUGUAGAAUGCAUUGUCUCACUGUGGCCAUUUUGCUGUGUGUGCCUCUUUCUCAAAGAUCACAAAUGAGGAAUAUUAAAGCUGACUGGAAUGAUAAUGCAUCAUUAUUUACGGAUUUGGUAAGUUUUUUUUAUUUUUAAUAUAUUACUAUGGUGUAUUAAGUUUGUAAUCAAACAUGCCUAGUUUUUAAAGCCUAUAUACACUGUUGGUGAUUUGUACCACACUGUGCACUGUUUUAUGAGAAGGAAUAACCAGUAGAGGGGGAAAAACAUAUAUCAUAUAUUUUUUUUAAAAUGUAUUUAUUGAAUAUAUAAAAUAUAAAAAUAGAUUUGCUUACUGGUCCUAAUUUGUGUUCCCUGUAUUGGUCACGUCUCACUUGAUUUGUGAUUAAAAUUAACAUUUAGUGUCUGUCCCCAAACCAUCAAGCAAUUUUCCCAUUCAAAUUUAAAAAAAUAAAAUAAAGAAAUUUUAUUUGAUAUAAUAGCAUUACAAUACGCCACAUGAAGUAAAAAUAACAAAACACUGCAAAUAUAUAUACACAACAGUGAUAUAGACAUUUAUGUUGCACCUAAAGCUCCCUUUUAUUUGGAAUUGAUUUUAGCCAGCCUGGAAGCUGGAGUUCACCUCAGGCAGUUAAGGGGUUUAUCUCUAUAUUUGUAACAUUUCAAAGCAAAACUCUGCACAGACAGACCACAGUGAAGUGAUCAUGGUGCUUAGAGUAACCCUUUAAGGAAAAGGUAUGCAAUAUACAAAAGGAAUCAAACUGUAGUGUGAAAAAAAUUAUGAAAAAUGACUUAUACUUUUUGGUCCUUCGUCUUAGGAAAUAAAUGAUACAAUACAGAUUUAACAGCAGACAAGUACUAAAGGAAAGAAACGCAUUACUGGUCCUUGGAAUUACUGGGCUUAAAGGACCACUAUAGUGCCAGGAAAACAUACUCGUUUUCCUGGCACUAUAGUGCCCUGACGGUGCCCCCACCCUCAGGGUCCCACUCCCGCCCAGCUCUGGAAGGGGUUAAAACUUAUCUUUUUCCAGCGCCGGGCAGGGAGCUCUCUGCCUCCGAUCUUCCUCCGUUCCUCCUCCUGGGCUGAAUGCGCACGCGCGGCAAGAGCUGCGCGCGCAUUCAGCCCGUCGCAUAGGAAAGCAUUUACAAUGCUUUCCUAUGGACGCUUGCGUGCUCUCACUGUGAAAAUCACAGUGAGAAGCACGCAAGCGCCUCUAGUGGCUGUCAACGAGACAGCCACUAGAGGAUUAGGGGGAAGGAUUAACCCAUUCAUAAACAUAGCAGUUUCUCUGAAACUGCUAUGUUUAUAAAAAAAUGGGUUAACCCUAGAAGGACCUGGCACCCAGACCACUUCAUUAAGCUAAAGUGGUCUGGGUGCCUAGAGUGGUCCUUUAAUGUAUGAAAGUAUAGGGCACAAUGUAUAAAUAGUCAUAAGCAUAAACAGAGAUACAUCAAGGUCAUGAGGUACAGAAAUAUGGAAGAGAGAGAAAAAAGGCAAGGUUUAGGAUUACAGAAGUCAAAAUAGUCAAAUAAAUGGAGCCGAGUCAAAACCGAAAAAAUACACACUACAAUGAAAUGCACCUCUGAGUAACAUGAUAGGGUAGUGACGAGAAUGUGGUGUCGUCUUAAGUAGCUCUAAGAUAAGUGCUAUUGGUUAUCAUCAUAUACAAUGCUAAAAGGUGCUCAACCAAAUGUCAGCAAUAUGAUGCAAAACACUGUAGCGCCAAGGGAACUAUAAGUCAAGGGAACUAUAAGAGUACACAUAGUACACAUCUGAAAGGAUGUCAGAUUAAUACAUGGUGUCAAUAUGUGUACGGUGGCAUCCCAAUGGCUCAGGGACAGUAUGCAAUAAGUAUACUUAUAAAAAAACUUAUCACAAUUUUCAUCUAAACUCUUUGUAGAGGAAGUUACCCGCAGUUGGUCCAUCUUCAUAUUCUCGUGGGGUCUAUGGUAGGCCCCAUGAGAACACAAGAUCCUUAACAGAUCUUCUCAUAAAUGCUCAAGAAUGCUUUUCCUAUAAUCUGUUGUGCUAGAAAAUGGGAAUGGGAAUUGAAAUAAAACAUUGGAAACAUAGGAAAAGAUGGAAGAGUAGAGGCAAUAAAAAUUAAAUUUUUUAACUAAAUUCAAAUGAUGAUGGUGAUGAUUACAUCAAGAAGAUGAAUACUUCAUUUUGUUUUCUGUAAAUUGUAUAAUGCAUAUCAUACAUUAAUUGAAUAAAUGAAAAUAAACUGUAUUGGAAAAUAGAUAUAUCAAAUAUAUCAAUGUGGGCUUUCAGUACUCUCCAUUUUUCAAUUUAUUCAGAGAAAAAGUUGUGAAAAUACUGCGCUAAAACUGGUAAAUAGCAUGUCACAAAGCUUAAACUGCAAAAUAGAUUGGACAAAUGUUUCUGAUUUGAAUGAUGACCUCUUGUUGAAGAAUGUAGCAUAUUAUUACGAAAAAGAAACAUUUACAGGUAUGGAUAUUAUAUUUUAUACAUUUAUACUAUAUGUUAUAAGAUAGCCGCAUCAGAAACAGAAAUAAAUAAACAUUUAACUGUUAAGCUACAUUCGCUGAGCUUCUUGUUUAAACUAAAACUUUGAAUAUAUUCUAGUGGUACCUAGGUACUAUACAUGGCUAAUCCACAUAUUUUUAUUCCAUAGCAUUUUUCUUGUUUUUUUUUUUUUGUGUGAAUUGCAUUGAUCCGCAACUGGAAAUAGCAUUAUUAACAUAUUCUACUCUUGCUAGCACCAAUAUACAUCUGAUUUUCUGUGUUUUUCUUUACUUUUUUUAUUUACACUUCCUUAAAUUAGUUUUUGGUUCAUGGCAGAAUGUAUUUUUGACAUUUUGAGGAAUAAAGGAGAGAUGAACAUUUUGUUACAUAUAUAUUAUGAAAGCUAUAUAUAACCAAUAAAAUUCUGUGUAAUGGUGUAAUUCCUAGAUUUUCAAUUUUUAAACAAAUGGACCAUGUCUAUUUUAUAUGUACAUAUCUUUUUGCAUCAUGGAUAACUAAAUAUGUUGAUAGAGGUAUAAUUUAUGCUUCCCCUGCAGUCAAAGAUAGAAUAUGCCAUAGAGAGUAUUUAAAGUGUCUCUUACACCUUCUGGGUUCUUUUGUAGACCCCAAUGGUUACUUUGCCACUGAGGUGCGGUGGAUCUAGGGUGCAGUAGAGGUUAGUUAUGUUUCCCUAAUUCAGUAUCCCACAGGCACCUCUAUAUUUGGUCUUUACCUCCUUGUACUUCAUCCACCAGAACCCCAUUCACGUGUGUAAGAGUACAACACCCUUGUCUAAUGAGGAUCCCAUAAGUCAGAGAAUGCGCCUUAGAUAUUGUCACAAUGAGUGAGACAAUGCCGAUUCCUACAGACGUUUAUAGCAACGGCUGUGGAAACUGAUACAACUUAGUUAGGCUUUUACCAUAAGUAGUCUCUGCUUUAUCUCAUGAUACUUAUGCAUUACAGUUUGAAGGAAAAUCCAACACAGCUGUUGUGACUAUUUCAGAAAGUUUUUAUCUUAUUAAAUGCUCACUUUUUUUUUUUAAAUUGUGGGGAGGGUGAGGAGGGGGGUUACAGAGCUGCUUUUCUGUUCUUUCUUCUUUGCUGCUACCUUAGAUGACUAAUAUAAAAUAAAAAAUAAUAUUUAAGAAGCCAAGAUAGCCUCUAUUUAUCCUUGAAAGGUGAUUUUAUCAUGUGGUGGAUGAUUAUUUGGUGGAACUGAAUAGAUGUUGCUAUUUGUCACUGCUAUCAUCUGAACUUAGUUUUUGUUCAAUUUAAAAUGUUUUAGAUCUGAAAUUUGAUUUUGGAAGUACAAUUGGUGAGAUGUAUACAUUUCUUUGGAAUACAACGUUGCAGUUAAGUCCAUGGGGAAAAGAACUGGAAUCUUCUCAAAUCCGAACCACAUCAACACCUUUUCUUUCAAACGAUUCAUCAUUGAUGGGUAAUUACCUAUAAAAUAUGUCCGUUGAUUUCUUGAAAAUACAGAUUUUGUUUUUAGUUUGAAAAAUUAAGAGCACAGUGCAGAAUUAGACCUGUGCAGCAGUUUUUAUUUUGUAACUAUUUAUUUUUAAGACACUAUCAAGAUCCUAUUAAACCCUUGUGCCUUGCAAUUUAGUAAAUGACCCUGAAUGAUUUAUUUUUAUUGUAUUGUUAAACAUGGUUUUUAUUAUUCUCAAGUAAAAACGAAGAAAAUGCCAAAUGCUGGUCUCAUACCCAUGCGUUGUGCUCUAAUUGAAACAUUUGCCGGAGACAUUAUGAAAGGCCUACAAUAUUUAAGCAGGUAAGUGAAAUCCUAUUUUAGAGCCUUUAAAAUACUGCACUAUAUUUGUGGUUUAAAUUAAUAGGUGGUAAUGGAAUAAGUACAAAAUUCCUAUUUCAAAUGAGCAAAUUUCCAUCCAUUUUUGUUCGAUGAAAGAGAUAAAGGAAGAGAAAUAUAAUGUGAAAUUUAAAUGUUUUAUCCAAUGUAAUUUGUGGUUAAUAUGGGCCUGGAAAACUGAAACAAACUACAAUGUGGAGUAACAACUUUCUGAUCCAAGUAGAAAUCUGACUGCACUUUUAGAAUCAAGCAUUUGGAAACCACUUCUAAUUAGGCUUUUCACCACCUCGUUUUCACCUUCUGUUGGAUCAGCAGCAGCAAUAGAGAUGUGUGGAAUGCGUUGGUACACUAACUAUCUCUUAGGGAAAUUGUCAUGCAAUAGAUCUGUGCAUAAAAAUACCUAAAACAAGAAUAUUUUGAGAAAGUAUUGGGUGGGCUUUCCAUACAAUAGUUAUGGGUCAGAUGAACUAAACCAAACUACUAAAGAUAAUGGAUCGAGAAGACUCUUACCAUGCUCUUACCCCAGCAGUUACUAGGUUCUUUUGACUGCCACUAUUCAUUCAGUUAUGCAUAAAAUUAAUUAAUAAAAGAAACAGAACAGUUAAAUUUCAAGAGAGAAGGAAACAUAGAUUUGAACAUUGCUGAAGAAUGGUUAUAAUAUAUUUUAAGAAAUAUUUAAUUGUGUAUAACAAAUGGCUAGCCUGCUCCAUUCCUCCUUAUCUGUCUUAUCUCUCUUCCUUACGCCCAAACCCACAUCCACCCCUGCAACAAGAAGGCCUUUUAAUUUUACUAGAUGUACAGACAUAGUUAUGCUAAAACAAGUAGCAAAAGCAUUCUUGUUGCCUUAUGCUGCUCCUCCUCUUCUUCUGCCAUAUGCUUAUAUGUUUAUAUGCUUGUAACUAAUUUAUGUCACUACACCUGUGCUAUGCCUGAAGAUGCUUAGGAUCUUUUACUAACCUCAAAAGAUUGACCUAGAUAUAUAUCAGCAUUCUGACAUUCAGAGAUGACAGCAGUUUAGCAGUACUUAACACUCAAUUGAUUGCAUUAGCUGUUAUCAAAUGUUGACCUCUUUUUCAUGAUCUUUUAAGCGAUGAUCCAGUGGUACUUGCACUAAAUGAAGAAAAACCAUAUGAUGAACUCUUACACUGGCAUUCUGGAAAACUCCUAAGCGAUGACUAUGAUAGGACAAAAGACACACAAGCUGGUAACAAAACAUGAUAUAAUUGUACUUAAAGUAUGUAAUUAUAAGCAGAAAUGUGGAGAUUUUAUUUCAAUCAGUCCUAGUUGGAGUGCUGCAGUUACUUUAUAUAAAUAUAUGUAUGUAUGUAUGUUUUUUAUGUGCACAUUGUAUUUACAAUUAAUCAUUGUUAAAUGAUUGCAGAAAGAUUAUCUUAUAUGACAGAAAAAGAUGCAUAUCCUUGAGAUUUACAACAUUUGUAGACAAUCUUAAAUGAAAAAAGGAGGCAAUCAACCAGAAUGUAUAAGUAAUGUAACCCAAUAUUGGGCUUUUUUCAACUCACAUUUUACACCAUUACAGAGGAAAGAGUGGUUGGGUACUCUGGUUCACAACUAAAAUGUAACUCUUAUUGCUUUUUUUUUUUUAACAUUCAAUUUGUCAUUAGCUGCCAUUAGGAGAUGUUUAGUUAAAGCCCUAAUUCAUGUGCUCUGGAAAUGGUAGACCCCCCCUAAUGCUCCACCCAUGGAUAGCUAAGAUCAAGGAGAUCAGACAAAUCAAAGCACUGCCAGCUGGCUUAUAUGACAAGGUUGAUUGUUUUCACUCUAUGUUGGGGCAAUGGCUGGAUUAUGUUUCCAGAUUUAAUUACGCAUGCAAAACAUUUGUGAUUUGUGAAUUUGGGCUUGGAACUGACCUGUUGGUGUCAUCUCACCCUUUAAUCGUCGUCUUCUUCACCUGAACACGUUUCUUCCCUCCUCCCUUUUUGUCCCUAUCUCCCUCCUCUCCUUUGUCCUCUUUCCAUGCCUUACACACUUUAUGUUUGCCUCUCAUUCAUCCGAUCUCUCACCCCUUUGAAUCCUUGCCAGUUCCCACAAAUUUGAGUUGCUGCAUUGGUGUUUGAGUACUUCAAUGUUGACCAGAUGACCGUACCAUUUUUUCCCCCUAUAUGCUUACUCCUAUAAUUACUGUGAUUCUGGCUGGAAAAAGUUCUUUAUUGUUUAGAUCCCUAUGUACUACUUUGUUUUCUCAAUGGUGUGUCUUUGUUGUAUUUAAAUUACAGAAAAUGAAUACUAAAUAUUGAUAGGCAACAUUUUUUUUUUGUUUUGUUUUACUCAGAAAUUAAAGACAAGUGGGGGCUGAAAAAUUAUCAAAAGCUCCAAAACCAUCUGCGUCUUUAUGGAACAUCUUUAGGUUUGACCACUCCUACGAAAAUUGUUGUGCAGCAUGGUGAGUCGGAGAAGACAAAUAAUGUAAAACAAUCUUUCGGGAAGAAAAAAGAAACGCCAGUAAGUAACUUAAUUUAGCUUUUAAUAUGAACACACAUUUCCAUUUGAUACCAUCCAUUUUAAAACUGACUGGUAGGUAGGCAUUGUGCCUCACACUGUCAUCCACGCUAAUAGUCUGAUCUAUUAGUGGAGCAAAGCAGCAGACAUAUACUUCUCAUUAUUUUUAAUGAGAAAGCAAUGAAUUAAACUGAAAGCUAGAGGAAAUGUCCUUCGCAAUCUCAGGCCGUCCAUGUUACAAUUAUUGUUACAGUUGGUGAUUAAUGCUGAAUAAUUGAUUUUAUUGUAAAGCAGAGUUAUUUCACGACUCCAUAACAAAGUCACCUCUUCAAGUAACUUCAGGAGCUCACGUAAAUUUAUUGGGUACAACUGUGUAUGUGACAACAAACCACUCAGAUGUUUUCCAGUACUUCAUUGUUUACUUAUUUAUGGUCUUUUAUUGUUCCUUCAGAAGUUUCAGCAGGUUUAUUGUUACACAUGGGGCGAGGAGUGUUGUGAGUGUGGCCUGAUUUUAGCUCAUUCUUCACAUAAUAAAAUACUGUACUAAUAAUUAAGAUGUUUAUCCAUCAUUUUCUGAGAAUGCAUAUUUUUAUACUAUUUAUUUCUGUAUAUUACUCAGGUUCCAAUAAACAAAAGCUGUACGGCAACAGUAGCAAGUGUAAACCUCAACUGCCAAUUUUAGUGUACACAGUUCCUAAUUACGAGCAUUUAUAAAUAAUAUUGGUAUAUUUUAGUUUAACUAAGUCAGUUCACAAUCAAGCAUACUCUGCCAAAUCAUCUCCAUGGAUAUUCCGAACUAAUGUUGUGGCAGAAAUGCCUCUGCCUCGUGUUCUUGGAGGGGCCUGCUUGCCAGCCUCCUGCUAAACGACCAUGGGCCCUUUAAAAAUAUAAGAACAAACUUAGUUUGUGGGAUCUUGUAUUUUGUUCUGGAACCGAACAGCCGCAUGAACCAGAAACCACCCGGGAGCUUGUUAAGCCCUAUUAACACCUUGGAACAAUUCUAACUGUAGUGUUCUAAUUGUCUGUAUGGGUGGCCGCUGUUCGCAUGAACGACCACUAGGGAGUGGCCAUCUUGUUCCCAUGAACGCAUGCAGUGGUGUUUGGUCGUCGGGUACAUGGAACUGUUUUCGGACACUGAAACUCCCAGACUUCCAGAAUCGCCACUUAGAAGAGCACUGUUCGGUGCAAUUGUUCCCACAAACAAGGUGAACAAGCUCCAGGGUAAGAACAUUGACUAUGUUCGUAGUUUGUUCGGUUUUUAAACUACCGAACUAGACCGACCGCAAGCCCUGAUUCUCUGGAACUGUUUUGGGCAUGGGACCAUGCGUGCAGUCGGUCAAAUUAUGACUUCCAGGAAAUUCCUGAACCCCUGAACCGAUCUGGGUAAUUUUGGAUAUGUUGGUCACCCAGAUUCAGGCUAUCAGGGGAUGUAAAUUUUGUGCGGAGUUUGUGUGUUUAAAGGUAUUUUUGUAAAAAUAUAUGUUUUCUGUACCUGGAGAUAAUUGAGUAGUACAGUCCCUGACUCAAUUAUCUCCCAAGCACAGAGGAGGAAUUAUCUUGUUUUAUGUAGGAGUGUCCUGGACCUGAGAGCCAAUGUAAUUGUAUGUAUAUUUUUACUGUAGUCUACUCUCAGGUUCAGAGGGGAGUGCCCCUUGCAUGAGGACCUACAUAUAAGGCCAGUGGUGGCUGCCAAUAAAGAAGUUCCAGUUUACCCUCAACACAGAGCCUCGUCUCGUUAUUGUAGGGGAAGUCUAUACCAGCUAUAAUCACUAGCUCUUGUAAGAGCUACACUGCUAUAAUCUCUUGGAGGAGAGGUCUUCUCACUGGGAGCUGGAUCCCUGACUUGGGUCCAGGAUGAGAAGGGACAGCAUUUUUUGACACUGGAUACUAUUUUUGUAUGUUUUUUUUUGUUACAAUAUAUCAGUAACCAAUGAUGAUAGCAAUAAUAAUGAAUUCUUAUGAGGUCCAGAAAAUCAUCUAUUAUUGUUUGUAUGCAUUGUUUUGCUUUUUUCAAAGCUUGAUGAAAUGGCUAUUAUAUUAAAAAUAGUUUUGAGGUGACAGUUGUCCUGUUGCAAGUCAGGUGGGGGCAUUUUGGAGGUUUUUACCCCCUACCCACCAACACUUGCAUCCUGAGAAGUGUGAUAGCAUUACUGGCUCCACACGUUAUGGGUGUGUCCACUUUUAAUUACUACCUGUAGACAAAUAGUACUUUAAAUAAUACUUCAGAUUAUACUACAGGGCCGUUGAAUGCUUCAGUCUGAUCGGUUGACGAACGUUUUAAGGUGUGCAUAAUUUUCAGGGAGAUGCACGGCUAAAGUAGUUCCAGACAGGUCUUAACCGCAUUAUAGUUGCAUAAGAAAUUAGUCCUACAUACAAGAGCGUUUUAAUGACAAAAAUUUGACAAAAAAUAAGCGGAAUAAUUGACUCCAGGCCGUUGAAUUAUUAGAAAAUAUAAUGCACACCCGAGGUGUAAUGGCCACUCCCCUUCGCACCGUAACCGCAUUACCACCUCGGGUGUGCAUUAUUUUUAUAAUAAUUCAACGGCCUGUUGUCAAUUAUUCCUUACUUAUUAUACACUUGUGAAGAACAAUUUUUUUUUUAAAUCAGUGAUUGGAUCCUAUACUUUAUAGAAUAUAUCAUACGGCUGGGAUUUGAAAAGCACUGAUUUUAAACCAGACACUGGUGCUGGUUCUGUCAUUUUUCACAUACCAAAUACUGUGUUUAGUGUAUUAUUUUGUGUAUGUGUCUGUAUGCAAACAUGUAAAAAAUAUUGUGUUCAAAUUAAUGAAAAUUAUUGAAGUAAUCUGAUUUGGAUAUAUUCACAGAUGAAGAAAAAAGAUCAAAUUAUACAAGAGAAUCAGAAAAAAAAUAAGGCCAGAGAAGAAAACAAGGAAUUAGAGCAGUGGAGGUCGAUGGCUAUUGUUCUUAAAAAAGACAUCCAGACAGAUUUUUUCUCCGGGAUACAAAAGCAGGAACAAUUUGUUCAUUCUUUGGGAACACAAUCUGUGAAGUUUUGUUCAGAAUUAGCAACAUUAAAAACCUGUGUUGAGGUGUGGCAUGAACACUGCAAAAUAAAAAGUAAGUAUUUUCUUCCAGCUAAACAUCACACCAUUUAUCAUCUGCAGGCAUGGUCUUUAACAUGAGCCUCCCUAUAAAGCAUAGCAUGAAAAAGAACUAACACACAAGCGUCACAUGUGCAUCACACAGAGUCCACAGCAAAGGGGAUACAUUCAAUGGAGAUUUGAACAUUGUGCAUACAUUAGAUGGAGGAGUAUGCACGUGCACACACUAGAAGUAGAGAUAUUAUGAUAAUAUAUGCAUGCAUUAGUAGUAGGAAAGGUAAUGUGCAAAAAAAUAAAAAAAAAAUACAAUUAAAUAUAUAUAACUAGGUACCAAAAGAUUGAGGUGAGAAUACACAAUAAACUCCACAAAGUGCAAAUACAAAAGUUUUCUUUAUUAAUAUUAGGCUCCUAACCCAUCAACUACACUUAACCUCUGAACUUUCUGCAACAUAAAAAACCUCCCCCAAACUGGCCCUGGAUUGCAUGUAAAGUUAAAUGUCACAUGUUGGCUCUUAAAGGAGGUUAGCAAAUUAAUACAAUGGUAAAAAAAAAGCUUCCAUCAGAGCUUACUGUGCAUACAUGUACAGAAGAAGCUAAACAUUAAAGGGACACUAUAGUCACCCAGACCACUUCAGCUCAAUGAAGUGGUCUGGGUGCCAGGUCCCUCAGGUUUUAACCCUUACAUUUGGGGUUAAGCCAGCCUCUAGUGGCUCUCUUCCGGACAGCCACUAGAGGCGCAUCUGCGACGCUGGAGGCAUAUUAUGCCCCAUUACGCAGAGCGUCCAUAGGAAAGCAUUGAGAAAUGCUUUCCUAUGGACACUUUGAAUGCACGUGCGGCACUGACGCACAUGCACAUUCGGAUCCGCUGACAUCAGACGGGGAGCUGAUGUGGGCGAGGGAGGAGAGAUCACCAGCGCCGAGGGAGCUCGGUGCUGGAUUAAGGUAAGUAGCAUGAAGGUGUUUUAACCCGCUUUGUUUUCCUGACACUAUAGUGAUCCUUUAAAUACUUAUGGACAUGUUGGUAAAUGAGAGGUGUUUGAAUAGCAACAUCAUUCAUUAUAUAUACAAAGUGAAUUUGGCAGACUGGACAGUACGUGUGUUGUUGCUAUCGUUAUAGAUCAAACACAGUUUUUAUGUUCCCUGUUUUCUCUGUUUCUCACAAUCGUAACCACAUCGCUAACUAGAUUCUAAUAAUUCUCUCUUUAGUCCAGAAAUCUAUUUACAUUCCAGUUAAAUGUUGUCCAAUUAUUAUUAUCAUUAUUGAUUGUUAAAUUAGGCCAGUGUUAUGGUUUAAAGACAGAUAAAGAGAGAGAGAGUACAACCCUAAUUGUUUUCAUCCAUUGCUUUGUACAUAUGAUCAGUUUUUUUAUCUAAAAUCUCAUGUAGAAAUCCUUAUUUUCUUUUAUAAAUGUAGCUGGAGAGGAAAGAGAUACAAAUAUUGCUGUGGAAAUAAUGAAGAAAAUACAAGUCAUUAUGACCAAUUAUAAGGAAAUGCUGCAGAAGGAAGACCUAGGGAAGAUUGCUCAAUAUCUAAUUGAUCUGGGAUUUAAGAAUUUGGCAUGCACUCUACAACCAUCCAAGGUACUAAUUAAUUAUGUCUGAAAAAUACUUUGAUUUAAAAUUGCAUUGGCAAAAUCUUCUGUCAUUUAUAUCUUAAAGUUUAAAAUGUAGGCAUUUCCCAAGUUAGUGGCCCCAGACUGACAGAUGAGCUAUGUGCAGCACUCAAAGUGAGCACUGCAUUUAAAUAGUGAGUCUGAGUGAUCACACUCUGCCGCAGUAAUUCUGAAGCUGUGCCCAGCAUGGCAACUGGUAAAAUCAGGGAGCUUCAGGUAUAUUUAGAUACCUGAGUAUCAUCUCUGUAAUCUGAGGCCACGAUUAGUGACCCCAGACAAACAGAUGAGCAAUGUGCAGCGCUAUGAGAGUCACUGUAAAUCUGAGUAUUCCCCGUAAUGAGGGAGACCCCCAGGGUGACCCCCUGGUAUCCCUCUGCCAAUUGUUGGUGCUAGGCUUGCCAGCUGCCCAGCACUGAUCACAAAUUCAGGAGCUACAGUAGGAGAGGGAGAUCAUCCUCUCAUGCUGCAAUCACACAGUACAAAGUGCUCACAGAGAGCUCUGUAUUAUGUGAGCUGAGAAAUCCCUCUUCUGAUGUCAGCAAAAGGAAUCCCUCUGAGGUAGGAAUAGGAGUUGGAUUUUGGGUGGGAUUAUGGGUUAGAUUUGUGGUAGGAUAGUGGGUAGGAUUACAAAAUAAUUAUACAUGUGGGGUAUAACUAGACUAUAGUACAGUAGAAGAAUACAAGUAUGGGUUGUUUGCAGCAGGGGUCACGCAUGGUUUGAAUUCCCCAAAAUAAAAUGCAUGAGCUUAGUGAUAAAAUAGUUAAAUGAAAAGUGUCAAACUGCUCAUAGUUAAAGGACCACUCUAGGCACCCAGACCACUUCAGCUUAAUGAAGUGGUCUGGGUGCCAGGUCCCUGUAGGAUUAACCCCUUUUUUUUUUUAUAAACAUAGCAGUUUCAGAGAAACUGCUAUGUUUAUAAAUGGGUUAAUCCAGCCUCCAAAUCCUCUAGUGGCUGUCUCAUUGACAGCCGCUAGAGGCGCUUGCGUGCUUCUCACUGUGAAAAUCACAGUGAGAACACGCAAGCGUCCAUAGGAAAGCAUUGGAAAUGCUUUCCUAUGAGACCGGCUGAAUGCGCGCGCAGCUCCUGCCGCGCAUGCGCAUUUAGCCGAAAGGGAGGAGAGGAGGUGGAGAGGAGGAGGAGAGCUCCUUGCCCGGCGCUGGAAAAAAGGUAAGAUUUAACCCUUUCCUCUCCCCAGAGCCAGGCGGGAGGGGGUCCCUAAAGGUGGGGGCACCCUCAGGGCACUAUAGUGCCAGGAAAACGAGUAUGUUUUCCUGGCACUAUAGUGGCCCUUUAAUAGCCUGGUGGCUGUAUUUUAUACAAACGUAUACUUUUGUAUAACAGUUUUGGAUUCUAUGACUAAUAUAAAAGUUAUAGUAGAAUGAACACAUGACAAAAAUACCAGAAAGGUCUUGGUCACAAAUGUUUCACAUCUCAAAUGAGUAUUGGUUCUUAAGGGGUUAAUUUAAGGGUUGUUGUCACGACAGUGACCUCUUCACACAGAUGGUAACCCAGAAAUGGACGUAUACCGGACCUUAGUGUGGCCAGACUUAACGUCAGAGAAUAGUCAAAAGAAAAGUCAAGGAUCAAGGGAGUACGGAAAUCGUGAUAAACGAGAAAGCCAAGCCAAAAGUCGGGGAGCCAGAUAGGAGAAUAGUCAGUACGGAAGCCAAGGGUCAAAAUACCAGAAAAACAGAUAACUAAGUAUAAGAGCACCAGAAGAACAAUCAAGAACCACACUAGGGCACUGAGGGGUGGACAGGGAUGCCCUUUUAUACUGAUGUGUGUGUCACUUUAAAGCCACGCCCCCAAAAGGUCCGGGAGCGUGACCGCGUUUGAAUUUUCGCGGCAAAAUUAUCAUGACGUCGGCGCGCAUGCGCCGCGUCAUAAAACUGAUUUCGCCGCAAGCGGGCAGCGUCUGACAGGCUGCACCGCCUCCCAGAAGCAGCCGGGGGAACCGCCGUGCUGCGCGGGAUCGGCGGACACAGGUAAGGUAUCGUCACAGUACCCCCCCCUCGAGGACCGCCCCCAGGGAGAACGACGCCUAGCAAAGGAACGGACUAGGCGAGGCGCGUGCACGUCCGAGGCAUCCACCCAUGUCCUUUCCUCGGGGCCGUAUCCCUUCCAAUCCAAUAGAUACUGGAGCCGACCUCUAGAGACACGAGAGUCUAAAAUAGAUUUAACCUCGUACUCGUCUUGGCCAUCAAUGAGUGUAGAAAGAGGAGUCCUGGGUUUCCGAGUAAAGCGAUUACAAAUCAAAGGUUUCAGAAGAGAAACAUGAAAGGAAUUGGGUAUCCUCAUAUUAGCCGGUAAGUCCAGGCGAUAACAGACUGGAUUAAUCCGUUGGAGGAUCCUAAAAGGACCAAUGAAUCGCGGAGCGAAUUUCAUAGAGGGAACUCGUAAUUUAAUAUUGCGUGUACUCAACCACACUCUAUCCCCUACUAUAAAAUUCGGAGCAUUUUUGCGCUUGGCACUGCCAAGGAUGAAACAGAACUUGGAAGAGUAAUAGGGUCAAAGCCAUAAUUUAUAAAAAAGGGGCUAUGUUGUGUCGACUCGUGAACCCAGUUAUUGUGGGCGAAUUCAGCUCAAGGGAGUAACUCCAUCCAAUCAUCUUGGUGAUCGGAGGUGAAGCAGCGAAUGUACUGUUCUAGUGAUUGAUUAAUUCUCUCUGUAACUCCGUUGGAUUGGGGAUGGUAUGAAGAGGAGUGAUUAAGUUUGAUACCCAACUGAUCACAAAACGCUUUCCAAAACCUGGAAAUAAACUGUGAGCCUCUGUCAGAGACUAUAUCUGUAGGGAUACCGUGUAAACGAACCACCUCUCUUAUAAAUAUCGUGGCCAGUUCGGAGGAUGAAGGAAGUUUAAUUAAAGGGACUAGGUGGGCCAUUUUGGAAAAUCUAUCGAUGAUAGUUAGGAUUACCCGGUGAUUUUUUGAAGGUGGCAGGUCUACUACGAAAUCCAUGGCGAUACUCGACCAUGGCAUUUCGGGAAUAGGCAACGGCAUGAGGAGGCCUAAAGGGCGACUUCUAGGAGAUUUAUUAGAGGAACAGAUGUUACAGGCUAGGACAUAUUCUCGGGCAUCCUUCUUGUAAGAGGGCCACCAGAAUUGCUUUUCGAGUAGUGCUUCUGUCUUAUGGAUACCGGGAUGACCGGCAAUCUUAGAGUCGUGUACCAAGGAUAGGAUCCGUCUCCUAUAAUUUAAAGGUACGUGUAAUUUCCCCUGAGGGAUAGUUAUGGAGUUGUGGUCUUGGCAUUUGGACAAUACUUCCAUUAAGCUAGAAGAGAUUUUAGUAUGGACUGUGGCGACUAUUUGUGAAGUAGGGAUUAUGGAAGAUAAAUGGGUUACUGGAGGAGAUAGGUGCUCAUGUUGUCGAGAUAAGGCAUCUGCUUUCGUAUUCUUAGAACCGGGUCUGUACGUCACUAUGUAGUUAAAACGUGUUAGGAACAAAGACCAAAAAAUCUGCCUGUCAGACAUUCUUUUUGCCUCUCCAAAAUAGGAAAGAUUCUUGUGAUCAGUGAGGAUGAUGAUCGGUUCAGAUGACCCCUCUAAUAGAUGCCGCCAUUCUUUGAGCGCUCAAAUGAUAGCCAACAAUUCCAUAUCUCCUAUAUCAUAUCUUUGUUCUGUUUUCGUCAGUUUUUUAGAGAAAUAGCCACAGGGAUGCAGGGGUUGAUCAUUCGAGGAUCUCUGAGAGAGUACAGCCCCUAUCCCUGUCUCUGAAGCAUCCACUUCUAACAAAAAAGGACGCAAAGGAUUAGGGUGACUUAACACCGGGGCUGAAGAAAAGGCUAGCUUCAAUUUUUCAAAGGCUUCCUUAGCUUCGGUACUCCACACCAUAUGACUUCUAUUCUUCUUUGUCAUAGCGGUAAUAGGAGCGGUAAUAGAGGAAAAUCCUCUGAUAAACUUUCUAUAGUAAUUAGCGAACCCCAGGAAACGUUGGAUGGCUUUAAGUCCAAUGGGUAUGGGCCAAUUUAAAAUUGCUUCCAGUUUUUUAGAUUCCAUUUGAAAGCCUGAACCUGAAAUUAUGUAACCCAAGAAAUUAACCUUCUCCACGUCAAACAAACAUUUUUCUAGUUUACAGUAGAGUCUGUUUUUCAAUAAUUUAGAUAGAACUAUCCUAACGUGUCUAUGGUGCUCCUUGAUAUUCUUAGAGUAGACGAGUAUGUCGUCUAAAUAGACAACAACAAACGUUUGUAGAUAGUCCCUUAAUACAUCGUUUAUGAAAUCUUGAAAGACUACCGGGGCGUUGCAUAAGCCGAAGGGCAUAACCCUAUAUUGAUAAUGGCCAUAGCGAGUAUUGAAAGCCGUUUUCCACUCAUGUCCCUUCUUAAUUCGAACUAGAUUAUAAACUCCCCGUAAAUCUAGUUUAGUGAAUACGGUUGCUCCCUUCAACCUAUCAAAAAGCUCAGUAAUGAGCGGAAUUGGAUAUGCGUUUCGUACUGUUAUUUUAUUUAAUCCCCGAUAGUCGAUGCAUGGUCUCAAGUCACCUUCCUUUUUGGAAACAAAGAAAAACCCUGCACCAGCCGGGGAGGAUGACUUGGUAAUAAAACCCUUCUUCAAAUUCUCUGUGAUGUACUCUUCAAGUACUUUGUUUUCUGUCACAGAGAGGGGAUACACGGUACCCCUAGGGGGCAUAGUACCGGGUAACAAAUUAAUAGCGCAGUCGUAAGAACGAUGGGGUGGUAAUUUGUUUGCUUCCCUUGGUUCAAAGACUGCCUUGAGAUCCUGAUAUGGUUCGGGUACUCGAGUGGUUAAUGGUUCCAUGGUAGGAACGUUGAGGAGUCCUAUAGGUUUAACUCGACUGAUACACUCCUUAAAACAAGAGUCACCCCAUUUCACAAUCUCUUUUCUCUCCCAGUCAAUUAGAGGAUUAUGCUUGGUAAGCCAAGGAAACCCAAGUAUAAUCGGAAAGGUGGGAGAAGGUAUUUGCUGUAGGGUUAUGGUUUCUUUAUGUAACAAACCUACAGUCAAGACUAAGGGUUUGGAUUCUUGAGUAAUAAAAGGAAUGGAUAGUGAUCUACCAUCUAUGGCCUCAACGGCCAAGGGUGUUGAUCUUUCUCGAAAUGGGAGGUUGUGAUGCUGGCCGAAAGUACGGUCGAUAAAGUUCUCAACUGCCCCAGAAUCUAUCAGCGCAGAGGUAGUUAUUAUCUUUCCCUCCCAUUCUAUGGUUAUCGGUAGAAGAAGCCUGAGUUCUUUCCUGUCUUGGAAGGAGGACAUACACGUUACACCCAAGGCCUGUCCUCCUUGAGGGCUUAGGCGUUGGAGUUUUCCGGCCUGCUUGGGCAGUGUAGGCGGGUAUGUCCUCUUUUCCCACAAUACAUACAAAGUCCCUCCCUUCGUCUAUAUUGUCUCUCAGGUUCAGGCAACCGUGUGGCUCCCAAUUGCAUAGGUUCUGCUGGAGCGACAGUGGUUUCCUCAGACGAAGGGAACGUCAAUGCCAGGCUUUCCGGCACACGCCUAGGUCUAUCCCUGGUGUUUUGUCUAUGUCGGAGACGUUCGUCUAUAUGUGCUAGAUAUGUAAUCAAUUCCUCUAACACAUUAGGGAGGUCUCAGGUAGCUACCUCGUCUAAAAGCUUUUCAGAAAGUCCAUUCAUGAACACAUCUACAAAGGCCUGCUCAUUCCAUCUGACCUCUGCAGCAUGAGUGCGGAAUUCCAGGGCAUAGUCAACCAGGGAACGAGACCCUUGUCUCAUUCGUAAGAGGGUUUUAGCAGCAUUAGUACGUCUUCCAGGGGGAUCAAAUGUUCUCCUAAAGGCUGCGACAAACUUUGCGUAGUUAAAAACUAUGGGAUUGUCGUUUUCCCACAAUGGAUUGGCCCAAACUAGUGCUCUAUCGACUAACAACGUUAUAAUAUAACCAAUCUUUGAUCUAUUGGUAGGAUACGCCCUAGGAUGAAGUUCAAAGUUAAUACUAAUUUGAUUGAGGAAACCCCGACAACCUUUGGGAUCACCUCCAUAACGGAGAGGGGAUGUAGCAUGGGCAGAAGCCCCCCCUGCCGCCAUCUCCAUAUGAGGUUCCUGAGGUCUAUGACCCGGGAUAUGGUCAGGGCCGGCCUUAGGCAAUUAGGCGCCCUGUGCAAAAAGUCUUCACGGCGCCCCCCCCCACCUCCCACCAAGUUGCCUGAAUACAGUAACACACACAGGCACCGGGGACGUGUGUAUCACGAGGCAAACAAGGCAUCUGCCUUGGGCGCCACUUUGCAGGGGGCGGCAAAAAAAAGCAUCCCUCCAAACCCCAGGCAGAUCCCUUGCUUGCCUCGCAUCCUGGGGGGCUCAAGAGCUGACCGGCUGGCCACUUUUGAGCCCCCCCAAGGCUGGCAGCGGGCAGCGAAGGAGCAUACUCACCUGAGCUCUUCCUGCUCAGCUUCCUCUGCGCCGCUUAAUGAAGCCGGGAGCCAGAAUAUGACGUCAGUCCGGCUCCCGGCAUCACUAAGCGCUGCUUACUCAGCCUGUGCGCCCCCUGCCUGCCUGCCCAGCAGCCACACUGGACUGCUGGUAAGAAAUCCACUCCAGCUUUCCCAGGGAGGCUGGGUGGAUUUAAAAUAAAUGUAAAAAAUAUUAGUUUGUGAGUGUUAGUGGAAAUGUCUGUGUGUGUGUCUGUGAGUGUUUAUUUUGAAGUGAAUGUGUGUGUGUGUGUGUGUGUGUCUGUAAGUGUGUAAUUGUGUGUGUCUGUAAGUGAAUUGUGUGUGUCUGUAAGUGAAUGUGUGUGUGUCUGUGAGUGAAUGUGUGUGUUGGUCAGUGAGUGUAUAUGUGUCAGUCAGUGAGUGUGUAUGUGUCAGUCAGUGAGUGUGUAUGUGUCGUCAGUGAGUGUGUAUGUGUCGUCAGUGAGUGUGUAGUCAGUGAGUGUGUAGGUCAGUGAGUGUGUAUGUGGUCAGUGAGUGUGUGUCGGUCAGUGAGUGUGUGUCAGUCAGUGUGUAUGUGUCGGUCAGUGGAGUCGUGCAUCUUUCAGUGAGUGCUUGCGUCUGUCAGUGAGAGUGUGCAUCUGUCAGUGAGAGUGUGCAUCUGUCAGUGUGUGUCCAAGUAAUAGUGUAUGUGUGUAUGUCAUUGUUUGUCAGUGUAUAUGAGAGUGUGUGUCUGUCAGUGAGUGUGCGUCUGUCAGUGAGUGAGCGUCUGUCAGUCAAAGUGCGGCCUUGACAGGAAGGGGUGGGGGAAAUUUAAACUCGGUUACAGGCAUGUACACACACACUCAGUUAAAGGCAGUCACACAUACAGGCACAGGCACAAACAAUGGCACAGCUACAGCGACACACACAGACAGACAGUCACAUAGGCAGUCACACACACAGACAGACACACAGUAACACACACAUAGACAGUUAUACACACACAGGCAGGCAGUCACACAGAUAGAAAGUCACACACACAGGCAGGCAGUCACACACAGACAGAUAGUUACAGACAGACACACACAGGCAGGCAGGCAGUCACAUACAGGCAGUCACACAGGCAGUCACACACACAGGCAGUCACACACACAGACAGACAGUCACACACACAGACAGUCACACAGACAGACAGUCUCACACACACAGGCAGUCACACAGACAGACAGUCACACAGACAGACAGUCACACACACAGGCAGUCACAUACAUGGGCAGUCACACAGACAGACAGUCACACACACAGACAGUCACACACAGGCAGGCAGUCACACACAGAGACAGUCACACACACACACACACACACACAGAGACAGACAGUCACACACACACACACAGGACAGGCAGUCACACAGACAGUCACACACACACAGGCAGGCAGUCACACAGACAGUCACACACAAACAGGCACAACAGUCACACAAACAGGCAAACAGUCACACACACACACUUACCUCUUUCCAGUGGAUGCAGUUGGCUGAUGGGGAAGCAUCUUUCCCUCUUCCUGUACAGCAGGGGCUUCGGGAGGUAUUAGCCCCGUCUCCGCCUCUCGAUAAGCCCCGCCUCCGCCGCUCGGUAAACCCCGCCCCCUCUGCCGCGAUUUUUUUUUUUUUUAAAUAGACCCGGGUGGAGAAUAAUUAAUCCUCCAGCCAGGUACCUCUUUUAGCUCCCCUGCACUCCGGCCAUGAGUGAGCUGUGUCGGACACAGGGCGCCCCCUGUUCCAUGGCGCCCUGUGCGGUCGCACAGCUCGCACACCCCUAAGGCCGGCCCUGGAUAUGGUCCUCUGGCUGUAGAUGUGCAGUCCGAGCUAACAGGGUCUGAACAGCUACAGCAAACUGGUCCAUACGAUGGUCCAGUUCCUCAAACCGAUUAUCAGGAACCGGGCCAUGAGGAUUAGCACCUGCAGGGUCCAUGGCCCUAGUGUAAUGUCACGACAGUGACCCCUUCACACAGAUGGUAACCCAGAAAUGGACGUAUACCGGACCUUAGGGUGGCCGGACUUAACGUCAGAGAAUAGUCAAAAAAAGUCAAGGAUCAAGGGAGUACGGAAAUCGGGAUAAACGAGAAAGCCAAGCCAAAAGUCGGGGAGCCAGAUAGGAGAAUCGUCAGUACGGAAGCCAAGGGUCAAAAUACCAGAAAAACAAAUAACUAAGUAUAAGAGCACCAGAAGAACAAUCAAGAACCACACUAGGGCACUGAGGGGUGGACAGGGAUGCCCUUUUAUACUGAUGUGUGUGUCACUUUAAAGCCACGCCCCCAAAAGGUCCGGGAGCGUGACCGCGUUUGAAUUUUCGCGGCAAAACUAUCAUGACGUCGGCGCGCAUGCGCCGCGUCAUAAAACUGAUUUCGCAGCGAGCGGGUAGCGUCUGACAGGCUGCGCCGCCUCCCGGAAGCAGCCGGGGGAACCGCCGUGCUGCGCGGGAUCGGCGGACACAGGUAAGGUAUCGUCACAGUUGUUUACUAACAUCUAAACUUCGAGUGACUUCCAAUACCUGCAAGGGAGUCAUGCUCUCCUCUCCCAGCCCAACAUGUGGACUGUGAGAUGGUUAAUUAUAGGGAUUUGUGUUGCUUGGAUCACACUGAAUGAGAAAAGAUAUACUCUUUGAUCUCAUCUACCAUAAAAUUAAAGUAGUACAGGCCUGAAGAAAAUUGAGUGGUGGCCCCCAAAGACCGUCUUUUAAAGGAACAAUAUAGAGUUAGGAAUACAAAAGUGUAUUCCUAACACUAAAGUGCCCUAGUCACAGUUUAGGUGACCGGGUCCUCAUUGCUUGUGGUCUGUGAUUGAGGGUUAGGCGUUAGCAUAGAGUCCUCAUGUUGUUGAGGGAGUCCCAAUGCUGCCAGCAGUGCUGGGCCUUCGUUUGGAUCGGUGGCCUUGUCCCUCCUUCAUCACCCAAAGUGCCCCAGGUGUUGCCCAUCUGUAAGCGAUUUCUGCUGUUUGUAGUGGUUUGUUAAGCAAUUGCAUAUUUUUGCACCACAGUAGUGUAGCCCUGCUUAAGUCCUGAAAAAAUGAGAGUUGGCACAUUUCAAACUCAAAGGAUGUUUUUUUCUUUAACGCAGCCAGCAGUCCCAGUUUGUCCGUCAUCGUUUGGCACCGCAAUAUGAGAUCCUGUGGAGCUGCGUUAGGGGCUUGUGGGGAUUUAGAGAUCCUGUAGACUCUAUUGAAUGAGAAGGUUUUUUCCCUGUCUCGUUGGCAGCACUGCCGCUGCUAGAUUUCUGAUAAAGUGGGGUAGUUCUUCUAGCGUUAUUGACUCCCCGGCCUCUCUUAUCUUGAUGUUCUUGCGUCUGCCCCUGUCAUCAUACUAUAUGCUUUUUAACAAGUGAUUUCAUUUAGGUAUUUUCAAUCCUGUAUACUGCUUUACAUUUACAAAUGCAUCUUAUAUGAUUAUUUUAAUAAUCCCUUUACAUUAACAAAAUAACUGGUGCAGCUCAUACACCUUUAAGGUCCAGGAUUUUACAUAUACCUCAUAAUUUUACUUCAUAAUCCCUUAAACUAUAUGAUUCUUCUUACGUUCCAGACAUUUGCUUGAGAAUUCAAAUAAAAAAAAAUGUAAUUCUCGAUAAAUCUAUACUAUUGUGAUUUUUUUGUACUACGUUCUAAUGAUUUUUAAAAUUAUUUUACAGGCAACCACCCUUGUAGAUGAGAAGGUAUCCAAAGUUCAAGUUGAGAAGAAAGAGACUAAAUAUGCAGUUGGGGUUGGCUCAUCUAGAUUUCAAAUGCAGUACAUGGGUCCAUACUUAUUAAGAGAUGAAAGGACUGAUCCCGACCCAAGGGUGCAACAUUUUAUACCAGAUACAUGGCAGGUAAUGGUUGCAAAUAAAUGUAAAUAAAAAAACACUAACUACUUGUUUUAAUGUAGAAUUCUUACUAUGGCCUAGUUUAAUUCUAUUGGCAAACAUAUGUCAAUAAGUAUCAACUGUUUCUUAAUCUAAUUUGAUCCCAGCUGAGAUUCAAGCAGCUGAACCUGGUAAAUGGGUCAUAUGUUGAAAAUAAAACCACAUACAAAUGUGCAUCAGAAGCACAUUAGUUGACCGUUCUAAUGAUUAACUGUGUAAGUAAUUUUAAAAAAAGCCUGUGAGGAUCAAUAUGAUACCAAUAUUAGUACAAGGUUGGUUUAACAUCUCCUAUAGGCUGCCACCUAUUAUACUGCAGGUGGGGGCAUGUUUACUAAACAGCUCAGUUGCUAAUAAAAUACAGGAAUACCUAGGACAAGUCCCUCCCCAUGCCCUUUUCUAUGGGUAAUUGGUUGGGGCUGACAAAUAAUGUGAGGUGGACAACACAUUUGGGCUUUAAUUGAAAUGAAUUGAGGGUCCUAAUGCCCCGCUUAGUGCCCACACAUGGGCGGUGGGUGGGUGCUACUAAUAAAAUAUUGAAGGGAUAGACAUAACCCAAAAUGUUGGCCAGGUGUCCAACUCAGUGUGGCUAAGCAUGUCAAAUUCGUGGGCCAUGGGCAGCAGGCCACAUGCGGCACACAAGGACCAUCUUUGUGGCCCGGCGAGCCGCGAGUACAUGCUGGUGUUAUAGCAGAGUAGGCACCUGCUCUCCCCACAUUGCAGAUGCCUGCUCUGCUAAAACUUACCUGGCCGGGGAGGAGGAACAGCGAGGGAGCUCAGUUUCCUGCUCCUCACUGCUCACUCGCGUGGGCCGUCAUAGUGAAGCCAGGUGCCGGAAUAUAACGUCAUAUUCCGGCACCCGGCAUCACUAAAUCGCGCACUGGAGGGAGCAGUGAGGGGCAGAUAGAAGGACCCCAGGGAGAUGCCCCAUAUCAGCUUCAAAAGGUAGGGAGCAAAAAAGAAAUGUGUGUGUGUGUCUGUCUGUCUGUCAGUGAGUAUGUGUGUGUAUUUGUGUGUCUGUCUGUCAGUAAGUGUGUCUGUCAGUGUGUGUGUGUCUGUGUCUGUCAGUAUGUGUGUGUGUGUCUGACAGUGUGUGUGUCUGUCUGUGAGUAUUUGUGUGUCUGUCAGUGAGUAUGUGUGUGUGUCUGUCAGUAUGUGUGUGUCUGUCUGUGAGUAUGUGUCUGUCUAUGUGUGUGUCUGAGUAUGUGUGUGUCUGUAUGUGUGUCUGUCAGUGAGUAUGUGUGUGUCUGUCUGUGAGUAUGUGUGUAUCUGUCUGUGAGUAUAUGUCUGUCUGUCAGUGAGUAUGUGUGUGUGUGUCUGGGUGUGUGUCUGUCAAUGUGUGUGUGUGUGUCUGUCAGUGAACGUGUGUGUGUCUGUCAGUGAGUAUGUGUGUGUGUCUGUCAGUGAGUCUAUGUGUGUCUGUCAGUGAGUAUGUGUGUGCAGAGUGCAAGAGUGCACUGACAGACAAAUCUUACUUCUCUUGAAACUUGAAAGAGAUUUAAAACCUAUAAACUUGAAGCCAUGACCAUUUCAGUGGUUAUGAUGGUAGGAGUAUGUGUAUGCAGUGUUUCAACUUGAAAUGCACUGCCAACACAUAUAACAUUGGCAGCCCAAAAUGUUUUUUUUUUAAAUCCUCCCUUCCCUUUCCUCCCUUCACGACCCCCUCUCUAUGAGAAUCCUGUGCCAGGACUGAAAGCGCACAUCCCCAAUGACCUAGGAGGGGGCGCGGAAGAUCAGUGCUGGGAGCUAUGCCCAGCACUGGAUUCCAGGCGAGUAAAAACUUUUUUGUAGCAGGUUUUACUACAAGUUGAGAGGUAUGACAUUCUCCAUAGUGGCCAAUAGAGCAUAUUACAUUGGAAAAGGGUUACAGUACCCUUUAACUACUUUUACAUGCCAAAGUCAGCCACUUAUCAAGGAUUAUGUGCCCAAUAAUUGGAAUUGAAUCACUGAUCCUAAUUUUUCAAUGUAAAUGCUAGCUUUUGGCUCUCAAUGGUGGCAAUUUAAAGGACCACACCACACCCUAAAAGUACUUCAUCUUGCUGAAGUGCUUUAUUGUUGUUGAGUAGACUUGUUUAAUACCAGUUUAUAAAAGUGCUGAUUUCUAUGAGAAGUGGAGUGCUCUUUUGAUUAAUCCAAACCGUUAAAUGGCUUAUUGGAAGCUGAAUGUGAUCUUUUCUAAUUAAAAUGUCUGUCAACUUAAAAGAGUUAAUGUAAACAUUUGCCCUGUUUUUAGAUUAAGCAAGUGGGCACAUUAAAGACUCUGAAAAAAAAUGCUUCAUGUUUCACAGGGAAUGUUGUUUCUCUACUAACAACUUGUUUUACUGACAAAAUAACCAGUUAGAGUAAAAGUGAUUAGAUGGGUAAAUUCUUUAAAGGAACACUAUAUAAUUAGGAAUACAAAUCUGUAUUUCUAAUGCUAUUGUGUCCACGUCUGUACUUUUAUUCAGAUGUAUUAAAAUUUAAAAGAGUUAAAUACCUGGUCUUUGAUUUACAUGGUCUACAACAAUCUCCAGCUAGGUGGUGAGUGUCUAACUAACAUCCGCUUGAAUACCAGGACCCAAGGUUUCCCAGCAGUAGAUUGACCAGAGCAUAACAAAGCCUCCACUAGCCUGCCUUCUUCCCAUAGUGCAUCUUGCUGCCAUUUCUGCUCUCCCCACCCUCAGCCAUCUAACUGAUCUAAAAGAAAAUGUGAAUUAUGAGACCAGGCAAUCUCCUUCCACUGCUCCUUGCUAUAGUUUUGAUGCUCAUGUCCCCAUUGAAGGAGCUUACGGUGAUGGACACCAGUCGUCAUUGGCACUCUGUCUGGUCUACGACCAUGCAGUCCCAUACACAGCAAACUGUAAUGCACUGUGUGUUCUGACAUCUUUCUAUCAUGGCCAGCAUUAUGUUUUUCAGCAACGUGAGCUACAGUAGUUUUUCCAUGUGCUUGCACUAGAAGGGCUAGGUUUUGCUUCCUAUGUGCAUCAGUGAGCCUUGGGCCUGACUCUGGCUCACUGGUUUCCCUUCCUUGCACCACUUUUGUAAGGUACUAAGCACAAGACUUGCUGUUUUGGAGAAUCUCUGAUCCAGUCUUCUAGCCAGUCUUGACCCAUGUCAAAGUCUUUCAGAUCUUUUCUCUUGCCCAAAAGGAUUAAUAUGUUAAAUAAUAGUUUGAGGUGUCAGUUAUCCUUUAAGUUCAAACUAGAUCUUUGUAAGACUGAAGAAAAAGUAAUUUUUCACAAAAUAUGCAGUGCAUGCUAACUAUAUUUAUGUUGUUACACAUCUACACAAUGUACCAGCACAUAAAUAUUAUUAUGUAUUAGUUAUUAUCUAUUUAUUUCCACUUGUGGUAAUGUACACACAUCCAUCAGGAGAAAAAAAAAUAAUCAAGUAGACUUGUUCAUAUUUAUUGCAGUAGUUGUAUAUCAAUUAUUUACAUUCUAUAUAAAAAGAUGAAUGACAAGGAAUUGUUUUGUUUUAUGACCAGAGAGAGCUUCUUGAUGUUGUUGAUAAUAAUGAAUCAGCUGUCAUUGUUGCCCCAACAUCAUCGGGAAAGACAUAUGCUUCUUACUACUGUAUGGAAAAAGUUCUGAGGAAAAGUGAUACAGGUGUUGUAGUCUAUGUGGCUCCUACAAAGGUAAGCAUCUAA